GCUGCUCCCCCUGCAGGUCGCCGGAGCGACCAAAGCGCACUGAGUUCCGCUCUCUCUGGCCAAUCGCUGGUCCCGCUGUUCAGCACCAUUGCAGUGUGGAGAGAUCAUACGGAGGUGCAGCUCCAGCUCGCUUAUAGAAGGAUCAUUUGGAGGAAAGAUACUCGACCGGGGUGACCGCUCUGGGAGAUCACCUCCCUCCUUCCCCGAUCAACUCACAGCGUGUCAUUGCCAUAAGCAGCUUCGGUGGAGGUGAGUGUGUAGUUACCCCGUGACUGGUAAAACACUCAGGAUUUUCCAAGCAGUCGCAGCCAAGGGGGCUGCUGGUGAGUUGGAACAGCAUCAGCUCUGGUGUGUUGAUGUGAGUUAAAGCCGUGAGAUGAGGGCAGUGCCGAUUUAAAGUCAACUGUUCUUAGCUAGGGACCACAAAGCAGAUGCUUGAGUGUUUGAGCCCGGCAGCCUGUCGUUCCUGCUCGGUCACGACUGGUAUAGAUAAAUAAGGAUGAAGAUGUCUAACAGCCGCUUAUUGAAACAGGCACGCUAACAGCAUGUAAGCCGAGCUAAGGCAGCUAACGUCGGCAUACAGGUUCAGGCUGUCGUGGCAACGUCAGAACAGACGUUAGCUAGUUAGCAGUUAACUAAACGGCUAACAGCUGCGUACAGAGACCUGAGCAGGAUAAACAUCACUUUGGUAGUUUCUUCGUGUCACCCACUAUAAAAUGAUCAUCUGUAUACUGUGUUUCCAUGGGGGCAUUUAAAGUUGAUCUCCACUAAAACGCAGCAGCUUGUUUGUUUACUGUUUUAUUUUGAAAACUAUGAGCGGAAGUUUAAAUAUUGCAGUGUUUGGCAGUUUUGUGUAUUUUUUUAUUUGUUAAAGAAGCUUCUUGUUUAAUGUGCCUUUCACGAUGUAAAGUAACAUUAAAAGGUUGGGUCUGACAAGUUGCCUUAAGGAAAUCUGUUUAUUAUAUUUAACUGUUUUUUUUUUCUGCCAGUCACUAUAACCUGACAUUGAUUUGAAUGACCACUUUAUACUGUCUGUACAUAAGUGUGUGUACAGUGUGUGAGCAUUGAGUAUGUAUAUGUGACUAAGACCUGUUCAUUUACAGUUGCCAUAGUAAACAAAGGUAAGAGUGCAGACUGAAUAUCCAGUUUCACUCAGGGAACAUUUGAUCUCUUUAGCUAUUUGAAGCCCUGAGCUUACACCCACAUCCUUUAACUGGGUCUGAGUUUCUCCUAUAUCUGUCUGGUAUUAUAUUUGUGAAUUCAGUGCCCAGCGUUAUAGGGAUAUUCUGGCGUAAAUGUAAGUUAGGGUCAAACACACCGUAACACCAAGUUAGACACCCCCUCAAGAGAUAAAUGUUGCCGACCGCUUGCUUCUCUAGUUAUACCAACUUUAGUAACAACCGCACAAUAGCAAUACACCAUGGUCUGAGGAGCCAUAUACAAACCUCAACCAAAAAGCCACUCUAUAGCCAUAAUUAAUGCUCAGAACAGCACCUAACUUCAUAAACAGUACACAUAGAGUCCCAGCCAUAGCACUAGCCACCAAGCAUCUUUUUAACUUUGCCUAAUUUCUUUAGCAAAAAGACCAAACACAACUCACCUACUCUCCUCCAGCAGUCGCUUGUUUGUAGCGAGACCUCAGGCCAGUCUAUUACAGACUACAGUGGGGUGACGCAGCUCAAGGAAGAACAUUUAUGAUUAUUACUUCUUGGAAAUGCAAUCAGACUGAGACUCUUAGGCAGAAGAACUACUGCCUCUGCAGUGAAAAAUGAUUAAUGAUUAAUCAUUAAUGAUUAAUUAAUGAAAAAUGAUAUGAUGAUUAUAACUUCAAGGAAAUGAUAAAGAAAUGAUCAUAAAUGUUCUUCCUUGAGCUGCAUCAUCCCGCAGCAGUCUGUAAUGGACUGGCCUGAGGUCUCGCGACUAACAAGCGGCUGCUUGAAGAGAGUAGGUGAGUUGUGUUUAGUCUCUUUGCUAAAGAAACCAGGCAAAGCUAAAAAGAUGUUUGGUGGCUGGUACUAGGGCUGGGAUCCUAUAUGUACUGUUGAUGAAGUAUGUGGCUCCUGAGACUGCUGUGUAUUGCUAUCGUGCGGUCGUUACUAAAGUUGGUAUAACUAGAGAAGCAAGCAGUCGGCAACGUUCAUCUGUCAAGGGGGUGUCUAACUCAGUGUUACAGUGUGUUUGACCCUGAAUUAAUUUAACACUGGAAUAUCCCUUUAACUACAGCCAACAACAUCACUUAUUCAUUGCUGUCCACUCUGCAGUGCCAGUUAUCAUGUGCCUUAGCUGGUCAUUUCUGAGGGGAGUCAAAUAAAUCCUGCUUGGAUUUAUAUUUUUCAUGAGAAGUGUGGGCUACUACCCCUCAAAUAAUGGCAUCAUGGGCAAAGAUGUGGAGCUAAAGUUCCAGAUAAUUCCUUGCCAUCUGCUGCUCAUCCUCAGUCAUCAUCCUCCUCUCUCCUCCUCAUUCGCUCACUGUGUGCCAUCAUGUGUUUUGGGACUAGGCUAUCAUCAGAGCUGUGGCCUAUUUUAGACAGGAUCUCCAUUUACCCACUUAAUCUGUGUCUCUAUUUCAAAGAGGUGAUUUUCUCUUUUAUCCCUGCUGGUAUAAAUGGCAGCAUAUUCUGCCUGUUUUUUUGGUGAGCUUGGAUCAUAUUGUGAAGUUUGUGAUCACACUGAUCUAGAGGCAUGUGCUGUCUAAAACUGUUAAUCUUCAAAGGGGAUUCAGUAGCAGAUCAAGUCCAAUCUUGUGACAUUUCUGCACGGGAUUGAAAUUACUGUUUUGUCAGGCACACAUCUGCUGCAGAUGUGAGCUCAGUCAGUGAGACAGCUCUAAACCAAAACAAAUGUAACGGUAACUGUAUUGAGCCCCAGAGUGUGUUGCCUCCCUCCCACCUGAGCUGAUGCACACGCCUAGGGGAUCAAAGCUGUAAUUAGCCUGCCAUGGAUUAGCAGUGGGGACUAUUUUCCACUGUACUUGCUCCCACAGAGCCAGAAGAUCACACAGGCAGCCAGCCCCCCUGCACUUCCUCCUCUUCCAGCAGAGAGAAUCUGAAUUGCCAUGUUUGCUGCCGAGUCCAGCAAACAAGAAACCUUGCAGUUCUGUCCUGGAGACUCUGGUGAUCUUGCAUCUUUUGAGGCUUUUUUGUGUAUGUGUUUUUCUGGAUCUCAACUUCAAAAUUGGAUCUUGAUGUACUUACAUGAAGUCACCAGUGGAGUCUUUUUGUACUGAGGUUGCAGACAGCCUUGAGAAUCAGCUGGAUAUGUGGUUGGCAUGCAGACAGAGCUGUGGGGCUGCUGACUCACUGCACUGCCAGGUAUGAGGUCUGUCUGCAUGUUGGCUGUCUCUGUGAUGUACAGUAUGUUGCUCUCUCAGCCCCCCCACAUUGUCUCCCUGUCAGCCAAACAAGAAUUCUUACUGUUCCUCUGGGGACUCCAAAGAGGUGGGGCAGGAUGGUGUGUGUGUACUCUGUUGUUUGUUAAUGAAUCAAUGCUCUCGCAACUGAUUGCAACAAGGCUUAGGACUCACAGGGUAUACUGCCCAAGCUAAUGGUAUUUCCAUCCAGACAACUCUGCAAAAGCUUGUCAGGAAAGAAACUGAUGUUUCACCAUAAUAACUGUGCAAUUAGCUUUUUUUUCAUCAACACUUACUCUGCAGAUUCUUUUUUUCUGAAAACACCAAAGAAAUAGAUGAUAGUGAAAAUGCCUGCUGUGAUUUCCCCAUGUUUAAAGGUGAUUCAUCUCUGGAAGAGAAAAGGAUCUAAUCCCCUGAUUUCAGAAGCAGGAGUUAUUUAGUAUGUGGCGUCUUCGCUCGAAAAAAUGUCAAAACAAUUAUCACUUUGGAAAUACACAGCUGUUUCUUCAAAAUGUGGUGUUGGAGGCAUAAGCAUGGGCGGAUUUUUUUUACAUGCUCAUUCUGAAGUUAUUAUUGUGACAUGUAUGGCACAUCAGAGGCACAGCUGAUUUGACUGACAGGCAUUGGUGAAUUUGUGAAACAUAACAACAGACAAGCCUGGAGAAAAUAUGAAUUUGACAGUCUUGAGCUGUUUUAGAUUUGAUUUGUUUUUCAUUUAGAAUAGAUAAAGAUGAUAUCCGCUUAAUGUCGGAUGAUGCUAAUAUGAUGUCAAAUUCAUUCACGUAAAAAUGCAAUUGAUCAACCAGCUGAUACAAUCUGUCUAUCUCUAAUCAAAACUAAUAUCUUAAUCAAUUUUAGUCUUUUCUGAGGGGGGAAAAAAAGCUAAAAUUCAGAUUUAUCAUUUGAAUUUGAUGCAUCGUCUCACGUUGUAGCUGUUCUUUACCUCAUAGUUUACUUGUAGUGUUUAGUUUGUAAAAGGAGGAGCAGCAAAUCCUCACUGGAGAAGUUAGUGCUGGUGAAUGUUUGAUGUUUUUACCUGAUCAGUGAGGUCAGGCUCCAGGGGUCAAAGUGCUAUAGAAAGGGACCAUCACACAUGUUUUACCCACACCAAAAACAACAGAACUUCUGUGAUUAAUAAAUAACUUUAGGAUCUUUUGGACCUUCUUUAUGUGAUACAGUAAAAAGUUUUUACCCACUACUCCUGAAAUAGUACACAGAUGAAGUACAAAACCUUGUCCAGAUAUGCUUCAAGCUGUGCUGCGAUGCUACCGUGUGUUAUUUCCAACAAGCUAUCUUUGUUUUCAUACACACCAGCCAAGGUGUUGCUUGUUUUUUGCAUGACUUUCCCUGUGGUGCUAGCCUGAGAAUUUGCUGCACACUCUCCUAAAACUUUUCAUGAGUCUGGUCUGUCAAGGGUGGAAGAUUUGACCCAGUAUAAGCUCAUGAAACUGAUGUGUUGGACUAACAGUUUGUAUGUGUUAUGACGGGGAAAAACUCACUCUGGGUUAAUAAAGACAGGGUUCCUAUGCAAGUGUGAAAAGUAUGGAAAUAAAUUUGAUCAAUUUCCAUGUCUAAAAAAUUAUGGAAAAUGAACAAUAAAGUAUAGAAAAUUUUUUUGUUUCCAGACUAGUACCACAGUUUCAAAAUACUGUUUUCUAAAAUAGAAAAGUAGAUAAUUCCAGAAAUAAUUCUAAAAAGUAGGGUAUGGAAAAGUAUGGAAAUUUUAACUGUGUAGGAACCCUGUAAAGCAGCAUGUACAGUUUGUGUACGUGCUGCUGCAGACGGGUCAUCAUCCUCUCAGAGUCAGUGCUCUCUCUCCUGGGCUUUACCUCCCUGUAGAUCAGCUCCACGCUCUCCUGCUCAGCUUGCCGGUCACGACUCAGCGCCCGACGAAAGUUGAAAAGGUGCCAAAGCCCAGUUGAUUCCAGGAGCCUUUCCAUUAUUGCCAGUUAUUUGUUUUUGCAAUAUGACAGAGAAGACAUGGAAGGAAAAUGGUGGCUUUGAAGCAGAGAGAAGUGUGGCUCCUUGCGUUUAGUCAAGCCAUUUGCGGCUUGCAGAAGGAUGGCAGUGUCUCAAAAUAUGCAACCUCACGCACAAAUAAAACCAGUAAACUUAGUACAAAAAGAUGGAACAGCUUGCUCUGUGUAAUUGUUUUUUUCUUAGGCAUGUAGGUACUAAAAAUACUCAGUGAUUGAGUGUUUGAUGAGCAGCCAGUGCCUGGCAGAGGCUCAAUUCGUAAUGCUUAUGAACAUGGUUUUAGUGGCAAACAGAACUCUGCUUUUGUCCUGCUAGUUUAAUGUCUUUACGUCUGCUGCAGUGGGAAAUAUGGAGCCAGAAAUGGGCCCACAUUAUUGUUGGUUUUCAUACUGUAGGAAACAAUUUGAUUUAACAGCUAUUAUGAGUCUCUGGGGUGGGAGGAAGUAGAAAGGGGUCAAGCUCUCUGGUUUGAUUUUUCUCUGCAUUCAGCAGAUUUUGCAGGGCCCCCCAUCUUCUAAAGUUGAUGUGUAUUAGCUACCACUCUCCUCUGUUUUCCACCUUGUUAAUCCUUUGGUCAUGCAGGCUUUGGUCCUGGGGUCUGCAGGCUGUGAAGUGGUCUUGGCAUGUCACGAAAACCUCAAGGUGGCCCAUUGUUAGCAGAGUGCUGAGCGGCUUAUGUGGCAGUGCAGUGUUUUCCUCCACGUCCCUUGAGUAAAGUUAAAUGGUCAGCUGUUCCCCCACACACCGUGCUCACACACUGUCAGCAGCAGCUGUGUUAAAUACUGUGUGGACUGAGCGCUCACAUGUCUGUGGUUUCAACUGGGAGUGAACUUCUGAGGGGUGAUUGACGGAUAUUGUUUUUUUCAAUGGCCAAUGUCAAUAAUUAGAGAUUAGUAUGGCUGAUGGCCAAUAUUUAAUAACCCUGUUGUUGUUGUUGUUCUUGCCUUUAUUUGUAUUUGAUAAAAUAUGAUAAUUUCAUAACUAUUAAAGCAAUUGUUUCAUGUACAUUACAAUCGUAUACAGCAACAUGGCCAGUGAAAUGUUGUAGACUUUUUUUUUAAUCAACAUUUAAAAUGGAAAAAUACAUUAAUUUAUACAGUUCUAUAUAUAGUAGAGCAUGUCUGAUAUUUAUAUUAGGAACAAAAUUAUGAAUAAUUCUGUACACUAUGGCAGAAUAUCAAACACUGGCCAAUAACUGUUUGAUGCUGUGAUUGAAAAUGGGAAAAACCUGAUAUCAUUAGAUGAAUAUGAACGUUGCUUGAUAGCAGCUAGGGCCGUGCAAUUAAUCUGUAAAAUCAGAUAGUCAGCAUUCUCUUUAAAGACCCACUCCGAUGAAAAUCAUGUUUUUCUUGUUUUUUACAUGUUUAUAUGGCAUUUUUCUUAUGCUACAGGAUAUAUAAUUAAAAAAGUAAAUGCAAAAAUUGCAUUUUUGAGUAUUUCUUCAUUCAAAUUGCUGUGAAUCUCUGGCAGACCCAAACUGCAGGUUCAGACACAGUGAGAUUUCCUAUGUAGAAAAUCCAAGCUCCGCCUCCAGAGCCCCGCUAGACAGGCCACACUCAGAAAAAUAGAGAGGAUGAUCGCGGAACAAGCACGUGCAUUCGCAGAUUGCAAUGCUCCUAAUAAAAAUAAUCAUAAUAGUAGCUUUCAUCAUGCUCCUAAAGACAUUCCUGUCUGUGAGCUGAAUAGCUCCUAUGUUACCUGCUUCUUCUACUACACAAGUAAUGUUAGGCUGCAAGCUAGCAUGAAGAGGAGUGCUGCCUCCGCCCACGACUCAGAGGUGAAUUGCUAAUGAGCUACUGGAGCUCUGCAAAAGAAAAGCCUUUAAAAACAACUCAGGUAACACACUUUUUGGCUAAAAACUUUAUGAUCACAAUUUAAAGACCACUAAGAACACUUCAAGUAGUAAAAAGAAAAAACGAUUGUAAUGGGACUUGAACUUCCUUUGUCACUCCCUCUGGGCUCCUAUCAAUUGAAGUGAAAUAAAAAUUAGCCCCUCUAGAUGUGGAUCCAAAAUAUAUUGUUCACCCCUACUGAGAAUAGAAAUCAAGAAUGUAGCAGCAAUAAGAAGCCUAGAUUGAAAUGAUUAAACUAACACUUAAGUUCGUAUCAACUUUAAUACUUUGAUAAGGGUGGAAUUAUCUCUGGGUAUAGGUGUAAUCAACUUAAAGGUGUGCUAUAUAAAGUGGGGGAGGUUUGUACUCCUUCCCUUUGUAUGUGGCAUACAGGCAAAGGUGAGUAACAAUGUUGUCCAUGAAUGAGUUAACUUUAACUGAUGCUUCUGUAUGACCUGAAAGGCAAAUACGACCAGCAGCUUUCAGACUGAGGAUUCUGAUACAGAUGUUUUAAGAACUGUUGGAGACUGGUCAUUACACAGCUGAGACUUACAGAGAGUGACGGGUCCAACUGUUUUAGAAAAGCAGACAUUUUUUGAUCAGGUGCAACACACUCCUUGCACAUGUACAGCAGACACCAUCACAAAAUAGCUUCAAUGUCAAAUGUCAAGACACUACACCUGUUACAUAUGCAGUGCCUGGGAUUUGAGCACAUUGUAGUUAACAUAAUUGUAAUGUAUUCUGCAGAAGACUGUAUACUAAAUGCUGUAACUGCUGCAACUGUGAUCAGCUGCCUGAGCCAAGAUUUCCUCCGUGCUUGUGGUGCUAUCAUGUGUAGUGGAGGUUAUUGUGGGGCACUCUGGAGGGUUGGAUACAGCAUGCAUGGGUGUGUUUGUUCAUCCUGUAUGUAGAUGUGAAUGCACACAACAUUUGCAUCACAGCCUUUGUGUGUUUGAUCAGGGAGGAAGUCGGCAGGAUGCUGUUGGCUUUCACCUGUGCUGCUGUGUAUAGUGGCCUGACCUGUCUAAUUGGUGGAACUGUAUGUGUGUGUGUGAAUGUGUGUGAGCGUGUGUACUGAGUUGGCCCAUCCCAAUACGUCUGGCCCUGCAGCUGCAGCAGAUCUAAUUUUAGCCUAGGAUGUGCGUACGCCUCAGUUCCCCGUGCCCGGCCUAUGAGAGUGGAGGAGAAGAUGCGAGGGAGAACGCGUGGCCAAUCUUUCACUCUCUCUUCCUCUUCUCUGAGCCAUGCACCUAUCUCUCCUCCUUUAUGUCUCUUUCAUUACCUGUAGCUUUUAUUACCUGUGUGGUUUUUUUUUUCUUUUGCACAAGUGUGUGUUUGUGUCCAUGUGUCCCAGAGGCAGUACUAUUGAUUCAUACAGGGACAUAUUGACAGUAGUCACAGCUUCCUGUCUGUUUUUGACCUUUACUCAUAGAGAGCCCUUUCUGUAAACUGGUGUCUGACUGAGGUGUAACUGUGGGCCGACCUGUUUCACAAGGCCAUCAUUCUGCCCAGUAAACCCUACUGGGGUAAUUUUCUAGUGCUGCAUUUUCUAUUAAUAGACUCAGUACUAUUCCUGUGCAGACAGCGUACUACAGCGGUGAGUGGCUGGUUCUUGUUACGACUAACCGAGUCACAGGGAUGGAGAUUACAGCUGCCUGGUUUACUGCAUUAGGUAUUAGAGUUAAUCCCUCUACCUAGGGAAAGUGUCUGGAUAAAGUCUGUGUGUGUGUGUGCCUCGCCACCUGCAAACACAUAUGCACCAAAGAGGAUGAGUUAAAUUCCUCUGAGACUGACAUACUGAAUGUAUUAGAGGAACUCUUGGACGGCGGCACACAAAAUUAGCCAAGCUCGUGUUUGUUUUUUGCUUAUUAUGCAUUAAACCUGCACCACAUGUUUAUGUGCAAAUCAGGAGAGUGAAGCAGAGCUCACAUUAGUCAUCAACUUAGCCUUGAAUCUUGUAACUUGACUCCUGAGUGAGGAUGAGUAUCGUCAGGAUUUUGUCAAACUAGUAUUGAUAUUGAUUAGGGGAAGGACAAAAACUAUGAUAAAUAGCAAUCUUCCCCUUUUGUAAUGCAGGUAUUGACACACCAGGGUGAAAUAUAGCUAUUUUAAUUGAAAAAAUAUGGCACUCCAAAUAGCUUUCACUGCUGAUUUGACUUACCGCGUCACUACUGAAGGGGUUGUAUUGACAUGGAUGAGAGGAGUGUGAACAGCAGUUAUUGGACAAAGAAGGAGCUGACGGCUGUAAGAUAAGAGAAGAAGAGAGGAGGACUUAACAGACCACUGAGUCCUAAGUCAUAAUCACUACCUGUUUAACUGACAAUGAGGAAUGCAUUCCAGUGAGCUACAAACUAGCAUGAUGCACAAAACAUACAGCAGACGAGUCAGCAGACUGUUUUUCAGUUCUGAUUAGACACUCUUGUUGAGAUGGCUGUCUGUCAUGAUAGCAUGUACUGAGCCAGGGCCAGUACCAGAUAAGCACGUUAAACUAUAAUACAUUAAUGUUAGCUUACGAGCUCAAGUUACUUAGCACAGAUGAAAGUUAAAACAAAGACGUUAAGCAAACUGUUAAAGCACACAAACUAUCGUCAUAUAAGAGAUCCAACGCUAUGACUCUCCACAAGUUGUCCUUCAAGUCGUUAUCUUUGUUAUGUUUGUGUCUUUUAUCAAAAAGCACUCUGUUCUCCGACACGUAAACAAUUACCCGGUCAUGGCUAAGUAUAUCCAUGUUGGAUAUACCGGUGAAUCAGACGUUGCAACAACACGCAAUCUGAUUGGUCAGAGGUGGACACACAGUCUGCGAAAAUUUAGAAAAAUCGACCGUGAUCCAAAAAAAUAAAUGCCGCAAUAUCACAGGACGGGAAAACGUCGCUGAUGUGAAUGCUUGUAUUGACAGGAUACGGGUUCGAAAAAAAUAUUGACGUCUGAAAUAACCACACGUAAAAAACGGUCCCGGUGUGAAAGGACCUGAAGUGUUACAAGUACAGUCACCCAGGUUAACAGAAGAGCGUUUGUUUUUAGCAUUAAAGGUGAACGAGUUUGCACGAGUUAGUUACAUUUGUUCGAACAUCUAAAAAAAUGCAAAAACACCAAAUAAUACAAAAUGAUCACUGUACACUUUUUGUCAUUUGUUUUAAUACUACAUAAAAUUGUCAUACAGUGGUUAUGCAAUAUAUAUUGAUUACCCCAGUAUUGCUGUAUCAUUAAAGUACUUUUGUCGAGUAGGCUUAGUAUUGCAGCGAAACACAUCAUAUAGUAUAGUAUUGAAUAGUAUCAUAUUAUAUCAUUUCAAAUUGUAACACAUAGGGGUGUCCCGAUACAACUUUUUUACCUCUAAUACAAAACUGAUAUUGUAGCCUUCAAUAUUGACAAUACCGAUAGUGAUCCGAUUUUGACACAAACUUGUGCAUGACAAGUUUUGCACUCAGCUACAACGCUGUUUUCGGGCUUUAAUAAAAAAUACUGCCACAGGGCCCACAUCACUCCUACUCCUCGGUACUUUGUUAGUACCUUAGUACACACUGAUGUUGUAAUCACAUGGGCUCUACAUGCUGGAUCUGGGGGCUGCUAGAUAGAGGUGCUGGAGAAGAGUCUGGAAUGGACUGCUUGUAUCGGAGUGCUGAUAUCAGAUAUUUUAGAUGCAGGCCGAUAUUACAUUUUUUGCUGAUAUCGGACCGAUAUCCGAUAUCAAUAUCGAAUCGGUACACCCUAGUGACAUAUCAUACCUUAUUGUAUUGUAUCACCUUGUGUCUAGUAUUCUGAUUAUUAUAUUUAUUUUCCCUUUGGGAAUCAAUAAAGUUCUUAUUUUAUAUUGUAUCAUAUCAUAUUGUACAAUAUUCAAUUGAAGCGUAUUGUACUGACUUGAAUUUAUCAAGUUCUAUCGAAUUGUAUCACAUCGUAGCAUAUCAUAUCAUAUUAAGCCGAAUCAUAUUGUACUGAGUCGGAUUAUAUUGUAUAGCAAUGUAUUGAAUUGUAUUUCAUCGCAUCAUAGUGUAUUGUAGAGUAAAGUCACGUAUUGAACUGAUUCGUAUUGCAUCGCGUCGGGUGUUGAAUUAAACAUAUAUUUUCCCAGCAGCCACCAUGCAUUUCUAUCCCUUUAACAGGACACAGCAUCCUCCCUUUCCUCUCUGUGUUUGACCCUGUGUGAUCUGACCACAUUGUUUUAAAAGGUCAUAUAAAAAGAAAAUCUCCAAACAAGGACCAUCGGGCAGUCCCACCAUGAUGGUUGGACAUCUAUGUUGUCACGUGUCUCAAAGAGCAAACUUAAAAGAAGAGGGACAGCGUCAGAAGUGAGCAGGCACAGAGCUUGCUCAAGCUCAAUAAUUCAUGGCUGACUGAGCUAAGCUGACCUUGAAAAAUCCCCAGUGUUGGACUGUUGAAACCUGGCACUGCUCAUUUAGGGCAGAGAGGAGAAGUUGAGACAGACAGUCACAGAUCCACAGAUUUAGAACGGUUCUAUUAUCCCUCCUCUAAGGCUAUUCUUGUCUGUCUUUCAUUUGUUGAUAUAGGUUAAGAGAGUCAUUGUCAUUAGUGUCACUCAUGGGCUUUGUUUCCAUCUCUAAUAAUAUUUUGUAUUCAACGUUUAAAAUCACAUGUCAAAGGGAAACAUCCCUCCACUGCGGUGAUUUAUUGUAGCACAGUAAAAAAGGGAAGCAUUCUGCCUGAUGUUUUCCAAGAGAUUAUAAUGUGAGAAAGCAUAAAUAGAGAACUGUGCAUAGCAACGUGCAGAGCAACAUGUACCCGCCUACUACAUUUAUUUAUUUAGUGUUUUUUUUUUAUUUUGCUUGAGUGCAGCCUCAUGCUCGUUGUUUUAUAACCAUAAAGAAAUGUGUCCAGAAUACACACCAUACCUAAAGACCUGACUGAUUCGAUACUCAACCAUUUGCUUUUGUUGUGCAUAGAGUAUUUGGCCCUUAGAAAAAGGGGCAUUCCUCAAAAUUUUGUUACUCUUUAUUGUUAACUCACAUUGAAAAGGUUGUAUAAUUUCUUUUUUCCUGUGUUAAAAUGUGUUUUCUGACAUUUUAUUUUUAAGUUUUUUUUUUUUAACUUUUGCUGAGAUAAAAACAAUGCAGAUGAACCCUGAACCAUCGGUUACUAUCAGCUUACUUUUCACCCUCCUAACUCCUCCUCCGCUGCCUCUAGGCCAAAUUUGAAGCAUUACAUUUGACCCCAAAUCAGUCAGAUUAUCCAACUUAUAAAUAGUUGUAUGUGUGUUUAUCAGUUUUGAUUUCAUCUACUGGUUUAUGUGCGGCUGCCUGUUGAAUGUUAACAAACAACAUGAACAUGCAGAGUUUCUCAGCUGUGGUGCUAAUGAGACAAACUGUACCCAUCACCAUAACCCUUGUGUGGAGGUUGCCUGCAGCACAUUGACACCAUCUCCUACUUGAGUAUUAUGGAAAUCUCUCAACACAUCACGCUGACAAGUGUUGCACUUAGCUAUCACAUCUGGUGACUAAUGCGACAGCAGCGUUUGCAUUUCUGACAGUGAUUUUCUGCACUUAUGACUCCUUCAAAAGUUUGUACGUUUCUCCUCAGAUGAUGGAACAUUCACUUCCUGAAACAUGUCAUAAAGGUUGCAGAACUUCUCAUGCUUGGACUUGACUGGCAUGAGAUUAAAAACAGUUGUUUCUGUCAUGCAGCAACUAAUAGUGUUAAUCACAAAACCCCAACGUAAUACCCCUGAUGUUGGGUGUGUCCGGUGUUUUUUUUUGGGGGGGUCACAUCCAUGGUUCAGAAUCCUAUACAAGGUCUUAGAUGGGCUUAGAGCUGAGUUUACUUCAUCUUGGGUCAAAAUUAGUGGAAGUUAAUUUAGUAAAUCAUAAAUUGAACUCAUUGACUCAUAACUAUUUAGCUGCUUUAUUUCAAAAGACUCCUUGUGAGUUGCUCCUGUAAUUGAUAUUCUGAGACAACACUCAGGAAAACUAUGUUUUCAGAGUGUUUCCCCUUAAGGUUUAGGUUGGAUCCUAGUUAACAUCACUUUAAGAGAGCUGCUAUCCUAGAUUUAGCCUUAAGGUCCUUAGACACCGGGAACAACGCAAAUAUACGACGCAAAAUUAUGAAAUAUUCGGAGGUGAAUUUUGACACGCCUGACUAUACACAUCAAGCUCAAUGCGAUUUUAGCACAGAUGAAAGUUAAAGCAAAGAUGUUUAGCAAACUGUUAUAGCACACAAACUAUCGUCAUAUGAGAAAUCCAACGCUAUGACUCUCCACAAGUUGUCCUUCAGGUCGUUAUCUUUGUAAUAUUUGUGUUUUUUAUCAAAAGGCACUCUAUGUGGACAAUAAAAAAUUGUCACUUUUUAUUCUUUUCAGUUUUCAGACCAACUUGAUUAAUCGAUAAGAAACUGGUAUCAAAGUUGUACUAGUGCUUAAAUCUGUUGUGUUUCACUCUUAACUCUAAUUUAAAUAAUUUAGCUUGAGUAUAAUCUAGAUUCCUCACCUUGGUUGGAUAAUUUUGUUUAGACUCUCCCACAAUGCAAUUCUGCUGUGUCGUCCCUGCUAAUCUCCUAGGAUAAUAUAGAGGAAUGAUCCUUGCUCCAGGUCAGACAUUCUUCCUGUGGUCAAAAUGGAUAUAUUUAUUUUUUUUAUUUCUUGUUUAUGGGGUGGGGCCAGGGAAUCCGGGAUCAGCCCCUACUAUUCUUAAGUUCUAGAAACACCACUGGACAGGCAAAGUGGACAAAUGCGGAGUUCACCGCAUGUUAAUCUUAUCUCCAUCUUUCAUUGCUAUGAAACUUCUUGGUAAAUUUGCUAAAACAAGGUUUUUGACACGGAUUUGAUGUGGCUCUAGCAGCUCAACAUACAGCUGGGAAAAUUGAUAACAAAUCAAAAGAAGCAAAGAGGUGAAGAGGAUUAUAGUGCACACAUUGCAGACAAGUGACAAAAUGAACACUGCAUUUCUCGACUAACUGGUAUUUCAGAGUGACAGUUUAGAUCUGCAGUGGGGAAAAUGUGAAUUUGAAACAUCCGACUUACUUCCACCUAAAAACAAUAAUGUCUUAUUGUCUUCAAAAUGAACAUAUUUUCAUCUGAGUUUUCUUAUUGUUGAGGCUUUGAAGCUUGUCUUCAUCAUGGAAAAACGGGUAAUUGAUUAACAUUUAUUGUCAUUUUCAUCAAGGCACAGCACUGACAGAAAGACAGUAAAAUAGGUGAAAUGCGCUCCCAACAAUCAAUAACAGUGAUUUAAUUAAAUUCCACAGACUGAACCUUGUAGUGAUCAAUUUGGUGCGUGUCUCCAAGCCAACACAACAACAGUGUGACCUGAACUAAGUGAUCACAGCAUCUAGGUAUUAGAUCUCUAGGGUAGUUCAGCCGUUUCCCUGUGCCUCUGCUCUCACAGUAGGUGUGCCCUGUGCAGGGAGGCUUGUUAUUAAUGACGCAGUAAAACCAAAGGAGUGCAGAGUAUAGUCAGCAGUAAGAAAACCAUUAAGACAACAGGAUUAGAAGGUUUAUAUUUGACAGGACACAUCACACUGUGAUCAGUGCAUUUAAAGGGGGACAGAACAGCUGACAUCCUCCUCCUACACAAAAAUGUCUAGAUGGUUGGCCCACCCAGGUGUAGUAUGUGUGGGAAAUACUGCUUCGAACAUCAACAUGUGAAGAGGCCACUGCACAAGCGAGCAUUAGUUUCAAGCAGUUAGUAGGCUCACAAUUAUCUUAUAGAGAUUUGUCAAAAGUAAUGAAACACAGUAUCUGCCUGACUCUGUGAUUAGGGUCAUAAAUCUUUCUGGCAAACACACCUCCUCAUCAUCAAGGUAGAAGUUUCUGUCUCUUCCUCACUCAAAGUUCCUCUGAGAAUGUUCCCAGGUCAGUCCUACACUACCACUUCUCGCUAAUUUUUUUUUAAUGCUAAUAAUGAACUCUUUGAGAGACUUCCCAGAAUGUUUGUGCUGUAGACAGGCAGCGGUCUGUAGCUCCUCCUCUUCUUCUCUUGGUGCAGCACAGUUAAAAGAGUUUCUCUGUACUUUUCAGGGCUCUAACCUUGCGUUUGUUUACACUGGUUUAAUGAGUCACUUAGUCACGGAGACCCUCGUGAUUCAUCUCUCUGCCAUGAAUGAUGAGCAUUGUUGGAAGCCUGAGGGAGCCUUAUUUUUAAUACUCAUUUGAAACAAAACUUCAGCCACCAAGGAGAUGAUUGCCGGUGAAAGCAUCCAGUGUCAAAGUGUCACCUUUUAGGAGAACUUUCAUUUAUCCAAAUGAUCACAAGUUAUGCUAACGACUGGCAGCUAAUGAGUUCAGACUGCCGGUAAAAGGUUUGUUAAGCUGAAGGUUUGGUAAACACUCACAGUAAACAGUAGAGCAGAGUGGGAUUAGCACACAGACUGUCUGUCAUAGAGCUGACUUGAUUAGCAUGCUUGUAGGGUUUGUUUAUGGAGUUGCACAGCAUGUCGAUUAGCAUGCCGCAGCUGUUAUCAGGUCUGGAUGUCCUGACAGCUGGCAGAGAGGACAGGUGAAGUCAUGGCUUGUUCACACACUUUUCAGAUGAAACAUUUACAAAAAUGAUCUUGGACUGAUUCAAAUUAUUUCUCACAAGGAUUAUAAUUUUGUCAGAUUAUUUUACAAACAGCCCUGUUAUUAGAUAUGCAGCCUGUCUGUCUGUCUGGGCUGCUAAUGGCCCCUUGUUCAUUUCUAUAUUAACUUCUCUUAUUGUCACCAGUAUUCCAGCCCCUCUAUUUUAGUUUCACAGCCAUAAACGUGACAGUAUCUUUUAGAGCUGUAAAGUCCUAGUGGACUGGUCGAUUUAUGGGUCGAUAUGUGCUGAGCCGACCAAAAUUCAGAUUGGUCAACUCAAUUUUUUUCCACGUCAAUUUACAGUCUAUGAGGAGGAACGUACCAAGUGUUAAUAGGGGUGUUUUCAGAGCACCCCUAUUUCACAGGCAUAGACUGUAUAAAGAACGGAGAGAGUCUGCCUCCUCUCUGGGUGAAGCCACUCUGAGAACAGCACCCUCUGUUGAUGGGCUGCAGUAUAGGUCAUAAAUCUCCCGGGGGAUACGCUGUUUGAGCCGAGCGUCAUCACAGCGACUCUCGGCGACUGCACGCCCGUAUGCGCGCAUCGCUACUGCGCAGCGCUGGUUUCAGGAAAUGGAGAAAAAUCCAGAAAAUACUGAGAGCGUUUUGGCUUCAAAUCCGUUUACAGGCGGUAAGCGGAACCAGAUUGUCCAUAGUAUAUACAGUCUAUGUUCACAGCCUGUGUCAGAACGCUCCCCUUUUUUUCACCAUUUUGGAUUCGCUCAUCCCACUGGAGACCGGCUGGAGAUAGGAUGAUCGAAGACCGUCCACGUUAAGCAAUGACAGGUGGCUUGCUGAAUAUGAUAUUUGUGUUUGAUUGCCUUAUUGUGCUGAUAUCAGUAUAUUUUCACCCCGCCGAGCUGCGCUCUGUCGAGAUGAUUUUUAGUCCACAAUUUCAGCGUUUUAGUCGACCAAGAAUUUCUUUGGUUGAUUACAGCCCUAAUAUUUUUGAAUGAGUGUAUGUUGAGGACUCAAACAGCUGAAACAGAAACAGAAUCGGUUUUGUUUGCGUUGGCGAGGUCUGUUUGCACAGAAAAGGAAUUGAACGGAUGUAAACUUUGCACUCUGUCAUCAACAUCAGAUGAGAAAUAUUAUACUAAUAUGUACAGACCUACAUUAGACAUUCAACACAGAGGACUUUGUUAGUCAGUAGUGCAGUAGUGAGGAGUGUAAGGUGAUGAAUGGUAGAAAAAAAAGAGUGUUUAAUAAUGUGACAGGUGGUUUUAUUUACAUGAAGUCGAUAUACAUGUGUGUCUGUUUCUUGUACAGUGUAAACAUUCAUAAGAGGUGAGGAUGUUGUUUACCUGGUAAGAGUGUGAUGAUUUUAAUAAUAGGAGGAUUAUGAGGAUAAAUGCUUAUUACGGACACAGAGAGUGUUUGUUUCAUAGUGUAGUGUUUGUUCUGCAGCUCUGUGGCUGUUAACAGAGCAACCGCCCCGGGGAUGAAACUGUCUUUGUGCUGGGUUAUUUUGUCAUAUGGUGCUCUGUAACUCCGACCUGAGGGGAGGAGUUUAAACUGUGUUUGGGUUGAGAGGGGUCUACAGAGACUUGCCUGCUCUUUUCCAAAUCCCAGUGACUCUUGGUCUCUGUCUUUUCCUCUUGCACUUCCCUGACAUCAGUUUUGCUCAGGUAAUCAAAAAUCUCUGGGAUGGUGCUCAUAAAUAAUCUAUACAAUACAAAGAAUUUCACUUUGUGUAGUCUUCUCGUUCAUGACCAAAUACUUAAAAACCUGAUGAUACUUCUGCUAGCAAAAGUUGUCCUUUGGUAUCAGUAUAAAUUAUUUGUAUACUAAAAUGCAAAACUAAUGGAAAAUAGGGCUAGGCAAUAAACAGAAAAUUUAAAGAACAGAAAAAUUAAAGGGGACCUGCCACCAAAAUUUCAUACCCAUUUUUAUCAUUUUUUCAUAAUCCUUGAUGUCCUCUGAUCAUGUUUGCAACAUAAUUUUAGCUGAAAAGUUAUUUGAUGGUUUGUUUUAGUAUGCCUAAAAAACCUUACAGGAAAACCAACUGGUUUUGGCUCAUUAACAUUUAUGGUAAUGAGCUUUGCUCUGAUUGGAUCGCUGCUGUGAAGCCUGCUGUGCUCUGAUUGGCUCAGCAGUGGAGGUUCGGAUUUCGGUUUAUCCACUGUUAUUAUGCUAAUGCUAAUAGCAUAUGCUAAUGUGUGCUAAAGUAAGGUGCCCAGAUGUCUGUAAUGAUAUCCGGGGAUAUUCGGUGUGGCGGCGGCUGUGCAGGGGCUGCAGGGGCUGUGUGAUCACAGACAAAGUCUCGGUACUAUUUAGUAGCAGCGCAUGCCCCUUGUAAUACCCCCGUGAGAACUGUUGUUCAGGACUGCUAACUUGUGCUUCCUACCGAUUAGGCUACUGUAAUAACCGUUGUUCGAGCCCACACGCAACAUUUUUGCUCUCAUUAAUGAAACGCUUAAAUCGGGGACAUUUUCGGGGAUAGCUUUUGCCGGGGAAAGAUCAUCCAAUACGGGGACUGUCCCCGGAAAUCGGGGACGUCUGGUCACCUUAUGCUAAAGGCUAAAAACGGCAGGUAUUAGACCAUAUAUUUUAGACUCCGAGUCCGAAGAGGAGGUGGAAGUUGAGGAAGAAGCUGGAGAUCUCCAGCGGUGUUUUCUCAUUCAUUCUGCCCAGCUUUAAGUUCAUUUUCCCGGCAGUGAACCGAAGGAAACACCGGUCGUUUGGAAGAGACCCAUAGCGGAUACAGCGGUAGCUAGGUCUCGCUCUGGCUGUGACUGAGUACGAGAACGAGAGAGUGGGCGCGGCUCACCGAGGACGCGCUCGUGAAUUAUAAUGAGCAACGUCGGCGCAACGUAACACCGACCUGCUUUUUCUAUUGGCCUGGUUUACUCGUUCCUUUAUUUUAAACCUUUACAGAAUGCAAAUGACGUAACGGUUUGUUUUCACAUGUACAACACAAGACGAACAUAAUAUGGACCUUAACUGACACAAAAAACCCCAAAAAUUACAUUUUUAUGGCAGGUCCCCUUUAAAUAAGAAGUGGUUUUGUGGAGUAGUUAUCGUCCAUCUAUCGUUAUCGAGGUGAACAUAUCGCCAAGCCCUAACGGUAAAUAUAUAAAUGAAACUUGCUGCAGGUUAACAUCAUCAUUUUUUUUUUUUUUUUUUUUGCAUGUUAAGAUGCUGCUGACAUAGCUGAGCUCCAAAGAGUUGUCAGCAUGGUUGUGUAGACAACUUCUGAGCCCCUUUCACAAACCUCAGGAUAUAAGCCUUUUAUCACACGUAGCCACUUAGGUGGAGUAAAGUUGUACUGUUAUAAAACUGGAAGCAGAGUUGGUAACAAAGGGCGUACCAGAUGGUAAACCGUGUCUAUGUAAAUAAGGGAGCUGGCAGUGCAGAGCAGCACUGUGUAUGUGUGUGUUUGUAUGUGUGCAGCAACCUUGAAUAUCAUUUGUUCCUGAUAAAGAUUGAUGUUUGUCAUUUUAUUCUGAAGAGCUGUUGACUCUUGUCUAUGAUUGAUAUUAGGACUUCCUCAAUGAUCUACUGUAUUGUAUGACAUUUAGUUGUAACCUCACAAAGCUGCUCUGUCGUCAACUGCAGUGCUUGUUGGCUUUUCUUCAACCGUGUGAGCGGUGAAACAGCAUGCUUAGUAAUGUCAUUGUGAUUUGGGGUUUGAAGUGCUGUAAACAGGAUGGGCUGGCACUCUCCAAUUCCCUAGUGCGCCUCGCUGCAGGACAAUGAGCAGGUCCUGCAUAGAGGAAGAGCGGCGCUUGAAGGAAAAUGUGCUUAUUGUCAUUUGACAGGCCUCAUUAGGUGUCUGACUUAUUCAGCUAACAGUGACGGCUGGGCUAACUGCACAGAGUUGUUGUAAUUGGAUAUAAAAACACUGGGAUGAAGUCUGGGAAAAAGUGUUCAGUCACGGUUCUGUAGAGCUCCAGCCAUUUGUUCUCUGUUUUAACCAGGAAGAAGGAUAUAGCUGCGUUCUCCCCUUUUACAGUUACCAACCAUAACCAUAUGUCGUUUUUUGAGAUGGACUGUUAUUUAGAGCUUUUCUUUGCUACAGCACAGCCAUUGUCUCCUACUGUAUAAUCUGAGGCACCUACUAAAUUUCAUCAGGCCUGUACAGUCAUUCAAAGACUAAUCCACUGCAGCUGGAACAGUGUUGUCUCUUUUAUUUGUCUGGUAUUCUUUGAAAGGUCCUCAGAGAGACUUUGUUGAUGUAGAUCCUCUUGUUUUCACUGUUCCUGAUUGUAACAGAGCUGUAUUCUUAAAACAAAGAGCAAACAAGAGUCAUGCACAGUGGAAGGAUUAUUUGGGGAAUAUCAAAUACUGUUGAAGUAGGUGAAAACUGCCUACUCUGUAGUCACAUGUCACGAUGUGUCUACAGAGUAAUUUUUUAGAGAUCUUAUAAAUGUCACAUCGUACCUACUCUGAGUUUUUUAUGUUUAUGAAAUAAACUGAAAUUCAUAUUGAUGCUUUUUUUAAAAAUACAAAUGAAGCAAAUAAAACCACCAACAAGAAGACUGUAGAUUUUUAUAUCGUGCCACGAUCCUUUCCACUAAGGAUUAAGGUGAUUUUACCAGAGAUGGCCAGCAUUAUCAAGAGAUGAUUUAGGCCAAAAACUGAUUUUCGUCAAAUAAUGACCUAGGCCAUUCUUUUUAUAGGGUGACAAAAUAGUAUUUUUUAAUGUCUGAAACUAGUUUAAAGCAGCUGAAGAACCAGGUUUGCUUUUACAAUUUUCCACAUGAAAUACUCAGAAUACAUGAAACAUUUGUCUGUCAACAUUUAGCAGGAUGACAUUUUAGUCAGAAGACACUACCUAAGUAUAUAGAAGAAAAAAACAAGCAAAGACUGCUUAGCUCACAGGUUUAAACAAAAGUUCCCCACAGGAGCUUUUAAGUAGGCCAGGAGGGAUUUUUCUUUGUCUGAAAAUGCUUCUUACACAUGCAAAGAGAAAAGAGGUAUCACUUUGUCUGCAGGGGGCGCCAAAAUCAACAAUAACAUAAAGUUCCCAACAGGCUCUUUAAUAUGGGAAAAAUGCACUUUUUUGGCACUAAUACAAUGCAUGCAAGAUAAAUUACAACAUCAAAAAAAUAAAGUUCAUUAUUGCCUGUAAGUUAUUUAAAUCAGUAAAAUCUAAUUUACUCUAAACUCAUCGCAUUGUAACACAAAUGUUGAGGCAUAUCUACUGCAUAUCUGUCAUCUCUACUGCUGUGUUCAAUAAUGCCACCAGUAAACAGCGUUACUCAUUGAUUGAUGACAUUUCCUACCAUGGCUUCUUUAUACACUCAGAGAUUUUAAAAGGAUGGUCGGCUCAGUAUGAACACUGUGUACCCUGAGCCCCCCUGCUAGUCUGUACAGGUUGGUAAAGUUCUGUGACAUCAUUUCAAAACAUUAAAAGAAAAAUAUGGAUUUCUUCAGAACUCUGCUGAUAACAUUUAAAGACCUUGAGAGCUGAAAUAUUUGCUCGUCUAACCUUUAGUUUGCCUGGUGGUGUCAUCUCCUAUGUAAUACAUUCAUGCUGCUGAUUUGGUCUGAGCUGUAUUAUUCAUGCCUUUUCCCUCCCUUUGCUGUAUUCACCGAACCUGGCGGCACUGUUACCCAGGGCUUUGAUGACUCAUACAAAAUGAGUUCCCUUUAUCUGGCCAAAGGAAAAUGAAAAGCUUCUUUACAGCUUUCAUUAGAUAGAGAGGGUAUACACAUCAUUCUAGACAGAUGGGACUUGUGCAUGGUAAUUUCCUCGAGUCUUUGUGAUGAAUUGCUAAUGUAAGAGUCCUUGAGAUAACCACGAGGCUGUGUUUGAAACGCUCCACAUGAAAUGAGGGGCUCAGCGAUGUGGCUCUAUCUGCUGCUCAGGGCCUCACUGUCUUCUCCUGUGUUCACCGGAGCUUCAUUCUUUAUGCCAAAUUCAGUAAAUACUUUGGGUGUGGAUGUUUAAGAUGCAUUUUUAGCAAGCGAGGACAACUAGUUGGCCAGCUGACUGUUGCUAUGCAACAAAAGGAAAGUUGAAAAUUGACUCCUUUUGCAGUUCCUCAAAAUAACCUUCAAAGGAGUGUAAUUGAUUUAUAUAUAAUGUUUAUUUAUAUCACAGUUAUGUCAUUUAAUGUGAUCACUGUGCAUGUUUUGGGGGAGGGUGGAGCUGGUGGAGCAACCAACUGUUGAUUUCCAAGUCAGUGUGCUGUCAGCUGCUUUGCAUUUUAUCUUCAGAAGGCCACAGCUAUUGUGUUGAAAUGUAACCUGCUCCAAGGACAACAGUCUGUCUGCAGAGGGCGGUUGAACCCCUAAGCCAAACUGAUGUCCCAUAUUCAAAGAUCUUAAACCAGUCUUUCAUGCUCUGUUUGAAGUUCUGUCUUUACUUAGUCUGAAAAGAAAGACAUUUGACAUUUGAAACAACUGUCUUUUGUAACUUUCCUCAUAGUUCAGGAAUACAAACACUAACUGGUUUCAGUAAUCAGUCUGUCAAUUAAAACUUUAGGUGAAAACAAAUUAGAUAAAAACUGUUUCUUGUCCAAGUGGGUGUAUUAAAAACCUUUUUUCAUGUCACUAUAACAGGCUAGAAAAGGGUUCAAAUUCACGUUUUCAAAUAGGGAUAUCCCAAUACGAUAUUUGUUAGUGAUUUUCUUUAGCUAGUCAUGUCAGCCUUUAGGGUGGUGGAGCUGUGUCACUCAAAUACCUCGGAUACUUUGGUGCUAGAUUUCUGAGGCCAUGGGCCUCCGACAACUAUCCUCAACAAGAUGCAAGUGGAAUGUUUUGGAAACGUGGACCGCUAUAUAUACUUGAACAGUUUCAAACCAAAUUAUUGUUACACUUGUGGCAUGAUGAAGCUGUAACCCAGAUCUGCAACCAGUGAAGCUUAUCAAAAUGAUCAUUCGUGUGGGCCUUCCAUUUUUUAAAGUGUAAACAUGGGCUAAGCAUCCUUACAAUAUUAAUAUUGGAAUAUUAGUUUGAUAUCAGCAAAAAAACGAAUAUCGGAUUAUAUUGGCCUGCAUCUAAAAUCUCCAUGUAAUCACAACAACAGUCUGUACUAAGGUACUAACAAAGUACCAAGGAGUAGGAGUGAUGUUGGCAGUGUGGCAGUUUCUUUUUUUUUUUUUGUUUAAGUCCAAAAAAGGCAUAGCAGAUGAGUUCAAGACUUGUCAUGCACAAGUUUGUGCCAAUAUCAGUAUUGGCCAAUACUGAAGGCAACAAUAUUCGUAUUGUAUCGGAAGUAAAAAAGUUGUAUCGGGACACCCCUAUCUUCAGAUUCAGCAAUUACAUCAUAACACUAGCCCUAAUAUGUUUAAAUGAUGAUCUUUAAAGCCAUACUAUCACAGUAAAUGCUGAAUGUGAACGAGAGUGUUUCCUGUCAUGAUCUAAUGGAUGGUUUCACUUUUAUUUCCUCCUCACAGGUGACCCUCAGUGACUGACAGAUGUGUGACACUGUGGAGAACCAGUUGCCUCUCCCAGUGGAGAUCUGAGUUGUGGGACACUGAGGUAAGCCCAGCACACCCCACUGACCACCUCACAUUUUCUAUUGAACUGGCUCUCAUGAUCACCUGAAGGUGACAUCUGAGGUUGUAAAUGAGAAACGAAUUUGUGUCUUAUUAGGGUUGGAGACUGGAAGUAGAUGUUAUUCCAACUUACCUGAAACAGGUGAUUCUUUUACAAACAUGUUUUUCUAAAGACUGAAAACUGACCGUUUCCUCUUUAUGUGGAAUUAGAAGAUAUGAGUGUGUUUUUUCAGAGUACAAAUGGAUCAAUAGAUUUCUGUUAUCAAUAUUGUCUUGUAAAUAUCUUUGUAUGAAUCUGCCACAAACUUAACAUGAAACUUUAGCAAGCUUUUUAUUCUUUGUGACUCUCCCCAUAAGAAUCCCAUUAAUAGAUUUCUGCUGCUCUGUCGGAGGUAAAAAUGUUUUUAGUGAAAAAUUCAGUCCAUGUUUAUCCCUCAGGUUUAAUAUUUUUACUUUGAUCUGCCUUACUUGUGCCUUUAAAUGAUAAAAACAUUACAAAAACAGGUUUUGUCUUAAAACUGUUACUGACAGAAAAGAGGGAAAAAAAUUUAUUUGACUUCAUUUUUCAUUUCUCAGAUUCUUUGAUUUCUAUAAUAACUGUGAAUCAGUCAAUCUCUAACAUGCCUCCAACUGCAGCCCUUUGUUUUCAUCACUAGAACAGUUUAAUUAACAGCAGCACCUCUCUUCUUCUUUUCCUCUGCUGCUUCCCUGUCCUCCACUUCCACUUCUAUGACUUCUUCUUCUUUUCCUCCUCCUCCUCAUUCUUCUUUUUCACUUCCUCUUCCUUCUGCUUCUUCUUAUCCUCCUUGUCCUUCUUCUUCUUCUUCUUCUUUAUCUCAGUUUUAUUACAUAAACCUAAUACUGAGAAGACUUCUGCACAAACUUUUGAGGUUAUUAGAAAUUGGGUAUUUUUAGAAGUAGUGAUAAUCGAUAGACACGUCAUUAUGCCUCCAAGAUGACAGCUCAUGUACGCCAACAAUGAGCCUCAGCUCGUCAGGUUUAUGGAAGUAUUAUGAAGGGAUAUAAACAGGCAACAAAACAGCUCUUUGUAAUGCUUAUGAAGCACAAGUGAUGCAAAAGUGAGAAAAACAACAGCUCUUUGACACUACCAAUUUAACUGUACAAUAAUUAUGAUCUUAAAGCACACAGGGUUUCUGACAAAGAAUGGUCAUGAGCCUGUGUCAGUAAAAUGUAUUUAUUUAUAGUAAAAUUUACAUUUAUUGUUGAUAGUAGAGACAAAUGUUUUUAUUCUUUGCUGUCUGGUCUGUAGGACAGAGCAUGUCUGUAGGACUUCAAGGUAAAUCCUCGUUCAUGAGAGACAGCGGGGACUUAAAGGCACGUUUGCAUUGGUAUCAGUGUAGGCUGAAAUGAGUUUCAAAUAUCUCCAAUAAUCUCAUACUGGUCAUACCUAAUUAUCAGUGUUAAAGAUGGUGUUUGAAUACGACAUGAUCAGCCUGUUUAGGUUUGUGCUUGGUUGUUUAGAGAAAUGGGAUUUGUAGUUUUAAGAUGGUUUUGGUCCGGACCACACACUGUGUGUUUAAAAGGGGGCAUCAUGAGUGUUAAGUGUUUGUGACGCUAAAGAUGUAGAUUCUUCUCUGCUGACUGGCAGCAGUCUCAGUCAUAAAUCCAGCUGUUGACAGAUGCAACUGGGGUCAAUUAAAAUACAGGUCAACUUUUUCUUCUCAUACAGGGUUUCUGGAUUUAUGGACAGUUCUUAUUAUGCUCACAUAGAUAGUGCAGAGUUUUUUCUUUUUUUUUAUCAGGGUAGUUAUUCAUUUUUAAGCAGAGGGGAUGUGACGUCAUGAGUAACAGCUCUUCAUCUGCUCUGCUGUGUUCUGCUGAGAUAAGUGCAGGUUUCUGUUGAUAUCACAGGCGUGACGUCAGUCCUACAUCGACGGGUCACUUUUGCACAUGCCUCAGCUGAAACAGCGCAGCGUGUCAGCCCUGUCGAGGUAUUUUGGCUUCUCAUCUCACAAAAAGUGAAAAUAAGGGGAUGUUGUCCUUUCUGUAAACACUGUUGUCUGAACACUUCAGCCCAGCCCUGUCUCACACUGCUCCUCUACAUCUACAACAUUAUUUGUUUUUCCAGCGUUGGUCAUUUUCUUGAUGGUGAAUAUUUGCCAUUGCCUGAAAGUCACCAGACUGCAGUUCCCAUGGUAACUGAUAAGCCUGCCCAGCGGAUGGAGAAUUUCACUUCAGCAAGUCUCUGACAGUUUGACAAGCCAGAGGAAAUGAAUGAGUCAGCCUUUCAUGAAGAGCUGAACAAGCUAACUAAAUGGAGCCUUUCAGUUCACGCUCACAGAUUAAAGGAGAGCGCUGGCACUAAAAGAUUAGACCGGUUCAGAUUGUCAUCUGCUCAGAGCUGUGACCGUGAUCUCUGUCCCCUCUAGACGCUGAACAAAUCAGUGAUCUUGUAUCUCCAAGCCUGCUGUGCUACAAUUCCUGGUACAAUUCAGAGGACCAUAUAAAGGUUUACAUUUGAUUUGUUUAAAGGAGGACCUUUUCUAUCUGAGGUGAAAAACCGGGUAUACAGAGUUGAAUUUUGUCCUAAAGAUGAAAGAGAAACAGAAAGCCUGCUUAAGAAAACCAAAGCCUGUUUGCCUUGAUGAAGAUUUGUGUAGUCUUCAAAAUACUCAACUUUUUAUUGUUGUUUUGAGAUUGAUAAAAGAAUUGGGUACUUUUUUAUCUAACAAGUUUUAUUUGCAGUAAUUUAGGGAAAGUACUGAUGCUGUAUGUCUCAUCUCGCGGUUGAAAAUGAAGAGAAAGUGAAAUGUAAAUCUAGAGAGGCCUCGGAGCUUUUGCAAACUUCCCGGCCUGUAAUGACUCUGGUGUAACUAAUGAGAUCAAACAGGGGUGUGUCACCAUUCUGGCUUACUGUUAGCUUGAGCAUUAAGACUCACAGAAAGAUACUGGAAGCAGCGGUCGCUUAAAUCUGACAAAUUCUGCAAUUGCACAUUCUCAGUGUUUUUGUUUUUUUUGUCCACACAGCUCUUUACUCUCACAUCUGUCCACUUCUCUCAGAGUAGACUGUUCAGCUCUUUGACAAACUGUCCAAGCUUCAUCCGUUUGCCCGGGUGGUCGUGUUUACUUGCAUGUACGAAAGCCAAGGACCAAGGACACUGACCCAGAUCCAGCUGCAAGGAGUUUAUUUACAUCCCUCUUCUGUCACAUGUCUCUUGCUGUGAAAGCGCAAAGGGAGGAGCAUGAUGUGGACAGUGAAAGGGUCACAUCUAUGUAGGGAUGGGUAUGUCGAGCAAAUAUACUCAUCAGUCUUCACUCGACUUACUCAACUUAGAAUGGAAUAGUCACCCUCCUUAUUUCACUCUCUGGGCGUAAUCGUUGUGCAGAAUUUUUUUUUUCACUUAUUUCUUCACAUAUUUUUUCAUGAAUCAGUGACUUUGCAAGUGCUCAAAAAAGCGUGACUCACCCCUGUUCAACUGUUGUCACUCCUUGUUUCUGACUUUGAUAUAAAAAAAAAAAGCUUUUAUGAGAACAGUUAAGGAGAGUGUUAAUUCACCUUUUUUUACAGCUAAAGAAUCGGGUAAAAAGCUCAGACGGGGGAUUUGUCUGGAGUCAUGCAGGUAUCAGAUUCAGUGUCUCGGCUGCAGGAGACGAACAAGGGCAAUUGCCUCAAAUUGGAUCUUCCGUUUAGAAAUUAGAAUAUAUUAAGUUCGCCUUAAUCCCUAAUCCCAUCAACUCAAAACCAGAGGUAGGCCUCCUGGAGGGUUGUUGCAGCUGAACACAUUAAAACAGACAUCUAAAACAACACAGUUAUCAACCACAGCUCAAGCUCACAGUAUGUCCUUAUUCAUUCGUGUGUUUGAUGACUCAACUGUUGACUCAUGUCUCAUGAAUGACCUUGGUUUGACCUUGAUAUCUUCUCUUGAUGACAGAUGCAUUCAUUAUGAAAAAAAUGUGACUCAUCUAUUGAUACUUGUCAGGUGGUGUGAUAGAAUUCUGGCGCUGUCAUUGUCAAACUCCUGUCUAUGUUUGCAGCUCGGCAUGCUGCAGAUCCUUGAAAAUGACUUUUAAUCCGUCCCCAACUGUCAGUGGACUGUGCGAAUAUUCCACCUCUCACUCAACACAAACACUUGAACACACACACUUUCUGAGACACACGUCUCCUUUGCAGCUAGCCUUUUUAUGGGAUAAUUAAUUUUUUUUCCAUGGGAUGAAGUCUGAAGGAGAAAUGGCUUUUUAUUUUGGGCAGUUUGCUGAAGUUAUUUUUAGCUGCUGCAUGCAGAGACCCAGAGCAUGGAUAAGAGUGACUGUUGCCUGAGAUUAGAGUUUGUUUGAAUAGGUGUAGUGGAUAAAACCUGUGAGAAAAUGCUGGUCAGCAGCAGAUCUCUGGUUAUUUCACUUCUUUGUUUUUCUGUUAUUUUUUCAUUUUAAAGAGCUUUUGGUGCAUUUUUCCCCGAGGUCUGUGUUGAAAUCAUGUCAGACUGAUGCCAUUUAAAUCAUCUUGUUCCUAAACUGUGUGUUAAUUUCAAUAUUGGCAUUUCACAGUUUUAUUUUCAAGGGAAAUCCUAUAUAACUUCCUGUUAUGUCAUGUUGUCUCGGAGCCAUGGUGAUUGGUGAGAUCGCUGAAUUUGCUCCUUGUGUAACAGUGCGUCUGUUUUCACAGCUACCACACUCGGAGGCAUCAAGGUCCACCUGUUUUAGGUCUUAUUGAUAUACAUAAUGGAAAUAGCUGGCCGAAUUUUAAAGUUUAAGUACAUUGAGAAUGGUGAAUUGGCUCAAACAUGAACCUGCUUUUGCCAUCAUUGCAAGCACUAACUGUACGUAUUAAAUAAGCAUUAACUGAUCUCUGUCCAUCCACCAGGCAGCCGAGGGGGGGUCUCUGAAGAAGAUGCUGGGUUCAGAGCGUGGUGUUGUCGAAGAAUGGCUCUCAGAAUUCAAGGUAAAGGCUGUCUCCUCCUCUGCUUUUCGGUCAUGACUCAUUUCAGUGAAAUGUUCUCCUGGAGGUCAUCUUUGGAGGCUUUUUUUUCCUAUAAAGAAAACCACAAACUGUGGGUGUAGCAGCUCUGAUUAAAGAAACUAUUGAGCCUACAAGUUUUUGCACGUCAUUUCUUCCAAUUUUACAAGCCUUUGAAUAUGGCAACUCAAUUAAGUGAGUUCAUGCAAGAACUGUGGCCUUGUAAGGACAGGUUAGACUUUGGUCCACUGUGCUUUCAUCACUGUAUACUUAUAAUGAAUCACAGCUCAGGGUCAACACAUUAACUCAACCUGGAGCAUUUUUCCAUUUACAAGAACAGAUCCACUUUGAGUCAUCCUAUGAGACGAAUCUGACAUUCAGCAGGUUAACUAUGCAGGGACGUUAGCUAACAUGGCUACUUAAUGCAGGCUUACGUAACAUGCUUCUGCUGGAUACACAAUGCUCCGGUCAAGUGGUCAAGUGCCAGUUUAACCAGACACAGCUCCUUUUUCAAGAUCACAAUACUGCCACACUGUGUCACACUAUGAGAUGCCAUGUAUCUUCUGUACUUGUGUAUAUGUGGGUAAUAUAUCAACUUUAUCUCCUUUUUCCAGAUGUACUUAGAAAAAUGAAUCAUGGCAGAGUUUAUUUCGAAGUUGUUACAAUCCAGCUCGUGAGUUAGUAAGACGCAACAUAAAACCCCGGUUCCGUGAUGUAAAAAAUGUUAUUUAUUGCAAAAAGAAAUAAUGAGGUGCUGUUUAACAUAAAGUUGAGGCAAGAAACAGAGGGAUGUGCAGUGCGGCUCAGAGAAACAAAUCAACACAACAAAAGGCGACUCUAAACUAGAGUGGAAAAAUGUUACUCUCUGAAAUUAAAUCAAAACAGCAGUUAAAACAAAUUGAGGAGUGAGCAGCUCCCUAUCCCUGAUAAUUCCACAAAAAAAAAAAGAAAUACAAUAAAAUCCAAUUAAAACCACACACGAAUGCCAACACAGAUUUUCCUGACAAAGAAUCUAGUGAACCCAAGUGUCUGCCCCCAAAGCGCUCCAAUCGGCAGCCUCUUGAAUCUGCCGCUCCUCCCCGAUUGGUCCUACGGACUCGGCCCAUUAACCAAUCAAAAAAAAAAUUUUUAAAUACAUAAGUAAUUGCAUUUGAUUUUACUUGAACUAUAAAAUGUUUAAAAUUCAUUUAUUCAAAUUCUUAAAAUCUGUUAUUCUGGAAAAAAAUUCAAUUUAAUCAGUAAAAAUGUAUGAAUAUAGUUUAAAUAUGAAGAACUGUGGAUCGACCAAAAUUUGUUUAAUUAAAAAAUCAGACACAAAUCAGAGUUGUCAAUGAUGAAGACAUAAAUCUUCAUUAUUUAUCCUUAACACAUUGGGUUUAUUGGUAUUAUUACAUAAAUCUGAUUCCUUUGUUGAUUGGCCUGUUCAUGUUAAAUCUAAGUCAUUCAAAUGGAUGGAAAUUUUGUUUGCAAUGAGACCUAAAUAUAUCUGUGAGUGUAGAGCCAAACCACACCAUAAAACAAGAUUCUGUCCGUCCAUCAUCUGUGCUUGUUUACAUCCAGGUAGUGUUAUAGCAUUACAGCAGUAGUCUUUGAUUUGAGGAGCCCAAUCUGAUGGCAGGUGACUCUGCUCAUUUUGGGCCCUCAACAACAGAAGCUGGCAAGUAACUCUGGUACCUGCUAGUGAUGGUGACUGUAUUUAACUGUUUAGUAAACCAAACACACAUAACCCUCGUCCCCUGUGUCUGUUACCUUAUUAAACAUCCAUCAGCUCCACAUCCAUAUUUGAGAUGCUUUUAAUACUCAAAAAGUGUCAGCAAAACAACCCUGAGCAGUUUGGGAAUGUUGGCAUGGGACACUGCUACUUAACUCAGACAAAAGGGUACACACGGGCCAAAACAAAAGAUUUUUCCUCUUCUUUUGUAUUCAGACGGAUGGCAGAGGAGCACACAAAAAUUGCGAAAGCAAGAGAAAGAGGGAGUAUGAUGAAUAGCAAGGCAAAUAGAUCUGUAUGAGUCAUUGUGUGAGUGGUACAAGCCGGGCAGGCACACUGUGUUCUGUCCUCAAAAUGACCAUAGUUGGGCCGUGCUCAGUGGAUAUCUCUCUGCCGUCUGUCAUCAGCAGACAAACUCUCAAUCUUGACCAUUUAAAGAAUCCGACCCCAGGAUGUUCUGAGCCCAUCAGAAAUCAUCACUCUGUUAUUCAACCUAACCUGCAGUCGUGUCGCUCAUACUUACUGUCACUCAGUAAUAGAUAGACACAAAGAAGUUCACUUCUAACUCUAAAUGAGACAUGUGCUCUUCUAGCUGUGAGUGAUAGUAGAAAAGACAUCGAUGAAUAUUUGUCCAAAAUCUGCAUUUACUACUGCCUGUUAGGUAAAGUGUUGAGUGGAUGUUACAUAAGAAGAGGUGAAUGAGUGAACAAUGGGAGUGAUUUCAAACAGUGAUGAGUGAUGGUAACUGUGCUGGAAGAUGCUUCAGCUAAAGCAACAAGAUGAUCAAACACAGUUUGUUCAGGUUUUCACAGAAGUCUUUGUCAUUCCAGUUUGUUUGACUUUGAAAGAUCAGAUGUCCAUCUUUACCACGAUAGUGACGUUUGGAUGCAUACACCUCAUGUUUCAUACCUGCAGCUUCUCCUACAGAAAAUGUAAGCAUUGUGAGCAUUUUCUGAAUCUUUCCCCUUUCUCCAGACCUUACCAGAAACCCACAUUCACAGCUAUGCUGGCAGCCUUCACCUGAAGAAGACCCUGGUGCCAGCACUGUACAGAGUCAUCCAGGACCCCAACAAUGAGGUGAGGCCGCAUACGGGGCUUUCAAGUUAAGACCUUUUUUUUUAGCUCAGGGAAAUGUGUUGGUUGUGACUCACAUCAUGUAGUCUCAGCUGGCGGUGAGACAGAAACUGACACACAGCGGUGUCUGCAGGCUACACAUGCACGCUGAAAACACAGGCAGGCUGUUCUCCGAGGAGUGUGAGGGACGGGCGUCGUGCCAGGAGCUUCACCUGUGAGAUGACGCACAGUGUGUUGUACUCAGAUGCACACACAGCUCUCUUCACAUCUGCUGCACGCACAGGAAAAGCUACAUGCAUUUUCAAAGAUGCAAACAAGGAUGUUGUACUUGGUCACAAACCUCAUUUAGUAUUAAGUGUACUUCAUCGCAUGCACUGUUUUCAUGCACUAGGCAGUUUCCUGUGCUAGUAAAGCUAUAGUAGUGUUUUCUGUCUUUAUCAAAUGAUCCUAUUUUCAGCAAAGGCCCCAGGCACCGUAUGCAUCUCAAUUGGCUUUAAUUUUACUCCAAUGAUACAGUCUGUGCCCCUCAUUUCCCCAUCUUUCAUGAAUGAGCUGGGGUGUCAGGCAACUGAGGACCUAAAUUCGAUUAGUGCUGUCAAUCUAGUUAUGCAAUCCCAUUUAUGAUCAGACAAGCAACCCAGCAGGGAGAGAUAAAAAGAGCGUGUGCUUGUGUUUGUGUGCACAGAAAAGAGAGAGGGACAGGCUCCAGUGCAUGGUUGACUGCUGUGUGUUUCUAGCUGAGGACACGGAGGGGCAAAUGCCUCACCAAGUUCAUUAAUAAGUUAGCUGCUUAUUUCGGGGUCAGUCACAGUGCAACACACACACGAGCAACAAACACACACACAAACAGAAGUGCUGUGUGGGCACUCACUUCACUGACCCCUAGACAGUAUAAACACAUUGGCUCAGCUGGCUCCCCUGAGACUACAUCUGACCAGACUUCCAUUGUAGUGAUUUAUCCCCUCUGCUCCUACACGCCUCCCGCUAUUGACCCACUGCAAAACUUUUCCCUCCGUCUGUCCACUCCACUGUGGUGCAGUCAGGCUGACAUUCAUUCAUGCUUUGAAAUAGGGGCUGUUCAGGAGUUAUGGAGUUAUGUUUCUAAUGGUAUAUGGACUUUCAGAAAUGGGAGAAAAUAUCUGAUUAUUUCUCUCAUUAAUGUUGUGUUUAUUGCAUCUCUCUUGAUUUUUUUAUAUGUGUUAAUCUGAUGAAUUUAUGAAUUUCAACUCUUCUUUAUCAAGUACUGGCUGUAAUUUAAGGUCUCCAUGUCAUAUUUUCAUUCUAACCAACUACAGCGACAUAAUGUUUGUACACAAGAGUCUCAGUUCGUAUUUAUUCACAUUAAUUAAUGGUUCCCCUACUCCAAUCCAGCUACUGGAGCCGGUGUGCCACCAGCUGUUCGAGCUGUACAGGAGCUCUGAAGACCGCCUGCGCCGCUUCACCCUGCAGUUCUUACCUGAGCUGGUGUGGGUAUACCUGCGCGUCACGGCUAGCAGGGAUCGCCAGAGUAAUGGUUGCAUCGAGGCACUCCUACUGGGCAUGUAUAACCUGGUAGGUGUCAGAUAUUUUUAUGUUCCAUUUUGCAUCCCUAAUUUUCAAAUAUGAGAAAGAAAGAUGCAUAUUUGCUUUCUGUUUCUUUUGUAUUUGCCAUUUUGCAUCCCUACUUUUCUAAUAUGAGAAAGAAGGAUGCAUACUUGCUUUCUGUUUCUUUUGUAUGUGCCAUUUUGCAUCCCGUGUUUUCAAAUACGAGAAAGAAGGAUGCAUACUUGCUUUCUGUUUCUUUUGUAUGUGCCAUUUUGCAUCCCGUAUUUUCAAAUAUGAGAAAGAAAGUUGCAUAUUUGCUUUCUGUUUCUUUUAUAUGCGCCAUUUUGCAUCCCGUAUUUUUAAAGUUUUUUAUUAUAAGGUGAGUGCUGGGGAUGCAAUGGAGCCUCUCCAUGACUGCAGAGAUGGAGGUGUAUCUUAAAAAGCAUCUCGGUAUAUAUAAAGAUAAUCACAAUGGCCUGCACAAGGAUGACCUCAGUUUACACAUUUCUGUGGGGAAGCUCAACCGUUUCCAACACACAACAAGAUGACUGGCUGCCCAGGCUGGUUUGAAAUUUUUGUGGCAGAUGAAGAGCCCCUUCACAUACACAGCCUUGGUUUUGUUCCUUACUUCUCCACUUUCUAUAGAAUAAAUUAUAUAUAGUUAUUAUCUAUUAUAUAUAGUUCAUCAUUCAUUAGGAACCUCAUUUUCAUACUUUGAGGAUUGCAUAAUGGUGUUUGCAAAUUAACUGCCAUCAAAGACAGGAGUAUAAUUGCAGUGGUAUUUUUAGCAGUAUAAGGCUGAUGUUUGUGUAUGUUUUUUUGUAACCAUAGAGACGGCCAUGAAUGUAUCUGUGUCACAGUUUCAAACAGAUAUGUAGGAAAGAUUUAAAAAAAAAACUGGUGUGCACAUCUUUCUUGAGCCCUGUACUAAUUUAGCUGGAACAUAAGUGAGGCUGUGAGUCUGUUGACAUUAAAGACGAUCUACAGGGAGAAACCCUUUUAAUGGAUGGACCCUGGAUAGAUUGCAUCACCGGGAAACACCCUCAGGGAACUGAGCUAAGAGCUGCAGAUAUCAAUAGAAAGAGCUACAUGUCAGGAAGCAUGGCUCAAGGUAUAUCCAUGCAUAAUUUAUUUCUGUGUCUGUACCAGUAAAACACACCCUCAAACACUCAUACUGCAUGCUCAUAUACCUCCUGCCUGUGGUCAGUGACAGCUAAGCUCUGAUAAACUGCUUUGCCUUCAGCAGCCCUAUCAGAUAUUCAGAGAUAUACUGCCAUGCAGUGAAGGGCAGCACGAGGCUUUGACCAACUGUAGCCUUACAGAGAAUAGGAGAUAAAGGGAUAAAGCCAGUUUGGUGCUGCUUUCCAAAACCUAGAUUAUGGACCCGCUUGGAUGUGAUGUUUUGUGAUUUCUUUGUGUUAUUUCACAAGCCCUGGCCUCGCACAUGAAGAAAAUAAAAACCUGACCAUGUAAACCAUAGCACUCAAAGGAUAGUUAUCCAUAUUUAAUGGUGCAGCAGAGCCUGACUAACUUUUUUAAAUCUCAUGUAGAUUAUGCAAAUAAAAACUUAACACACGCAAAGAAAAACAAGUCACGUCUGUGAACAGUUCCAGUUGUGUUCACAUGAGGUAAAAACAAUUACUUUGAUAAUUCUUGCACAACACUCAAAUCCCUUUUUGCUGCACGUAAUUGGUUUACACAACAAAGUCAGAAUACCAAGCACUUUCUGCCAAAUAAAAAUUACUCAGCUUUACGUCUCAGUGAUCUAGAUUCAUUGUUAUUUAACCGCGGUCGUGACUUGCAGAGAUAAUCAGGGAAUGUGUGUAGAAAUGGCAGAGUUUACAAGGAUGCAUUUAUCGUUGUGUUAUGUUUGGCUGUGUAAAACUAGGAUGGAGAGGUAGGGGUGCUGCCACUGACAUUUAAUCUGUCUGGGUCAAUAACGUGUACCAGCAGAUUGGUUUUACACUUGCACAACACUGUGAGGGACAGUAAAGAGUACGCUGCUGCCUGCAGAGAGGGGCUGAACUGUGUUGUUUAUUAGAGUGGCAGUCUGCACUCAAACCAGAUUUACAUCAACUCUCCACAUUAAUGAGAAUUAACUAUUUAAUGAUGCAGCUUUUUCUGACUCUGCAUCCUUCUCUUUGUUUUUUUUGCAGGAGAUAGUGGACAAAGACGGCAACAGCAAGCUCCUCUCCUUCACAAUCCCAUCUCUGUCCAAACCGUCAGUAUAUCAUGAGGUGAGGCUCCUGUCUGAAAUGUCAAUCAGUGUCUUUCUUAUUUGUUCCUCUGAUCCCUCCCCUUAUUUUAUCUCCUGUCCUCUCUUCUUCUUUCCACCUUCUUACUGACUUCUGAGCAUUACAGAACCUAACCAAAGUGGCUAUUUGGAAGAUGAUACCUCCUUUUUUCGCCAUUUUAAUUAACCUCAGCCACAGGGCUUACCCCUCUGUGUGUGUCCUGUCACAGCUGAAAGCUUUUAAUCUCAGAGUCCUGCAGGGAAGUUUGCUGCCAUUUUGUUGUAGGAUACAUCAAGCUCAGAAUCUCACCGCCAAAGCCAUUUUUCUCAUUUUCGUGCUGAUUCUUAAACUGACUGACAACAAUGCAGGUGUAUCAGAAAUGCACUGAUGGGUUGGUGACUGAGAUCGGCAGAGUUUCAGCUUGUUCAGUUUUGACUGGCGAGUCCUUGAAUAUAAUCAACCCUUUGCUGAUCUCAGCUUUACACACACAAACGAUGCACAUUUCAAGCUGUGCUGGAUUUAUUAUUUUGCAGCAGAGGACGUAAGACUUUUGCAGGCAAGUAAAAUAGAUGAAUGCAUAUUGAUGAUUGAGAAAAAUAAAAACUAUUUGUAGCUGUGAGUAAGUACCGUGUUUAUUGAUUAGAUAGAUAUUUAGGUGGAUUGAUACAUAUUUUAAUGGUUUUACUUAACUUAUAUACAGACACAACACAAAUCAUGACAACACACAAGAAUAGAGAAUAGUUAGUGUUGUAACAUGAGCAGGGAUCUUGCGCAAGUAUGGAAAAGUAUGGAAGUAAUUUGAUCAAUUUCCAGGUCUUAAAAAGUAUAGUAAAUGACAAAUAAAGCAUGGAAAAAUAUUAAGGUUUCCAGACUAUUACCACAGUAAAAAAUAAAUACUGGUUUCUAAAAUAGAAAACAGGAAUUUCCAAAAACAAUUCUAAAAAGUACGGUAUGGAAAAGUAUGGACAUUUCAACUGUGUAGUAACCCUGUGUGAAACUAGUAAAAUUAUAGUAUGUGUUUGUUUCUGCUCUAAGUUCUCUAAAGAAAGAAAUGAUCAACAGGUCAGACUGUGAAAAACUUUGAGUCGUCUUACUGCAGUUACAGUCUCUUUCUAAAAUGUCUGUGUUACAGUCCGUAAUGCACUUUUGGAUUUUAGCAAAUCAGUGCACCAAUCAGUUGCAAUUACUUUUUAUUCCACAAAAAUUAUUUUCUUUUUUAAAAUCCCUCAAACUGUGGUGAACACAUUGAAAAUGUGUAUCAUAGCUGUAACAGUUGCACGAGGUCAAUUACCUGUGAACAGUAGCAAACAACAACAAUGCAAUGCAGCAUUUGUCUAAUGAGCUAAUUGUCUGGAAUCAGUGUUUUCCUACCACAUAUUUUAAGGCUGUUUUUUUUUUAUCUAAAGGCAAGAUAUCAUUGAUAUCUAAAAACACUUCAGCAGUUUGAUUUUUGUAACUGGUGUUCCUGUAGUACACUGAGCCAAGCUUCCAGCUGUUACAGUAAUCAUGAUAUCUUUGUUGAUCUGAGCGGUAACUCAAGGGUCCAAAAUAAUGUAAGGUAUAUUGUAUUAUGUUAUGAAACAGUUAUGAAGGAUCAUACUUCUGCAUCACCCUGAGCUUCUUGUCUUCAAGGGCUACUGAUGAGAGGGGUGAGCAAGGCAGCAUUAAAAUCCAGAGUCUGAUACCUAGACAUCACUAAAUAUUCCUCUUUCUUUACUCUGCACAUUUAGGUAUUGAGAUUUGACUGCUAAAUAGGACUAUUGGCUGUUGGGGUGAAGUUCAUUUAUUUACUCAUUUAUAAGGUGUUAAAAAAGGAAUGCUAACCUAGAGGGUUCGCCUGUGCUGCCCUGUGGUUAAGUCAUGCUUCCUAUGUAACCUGUCAAGCAGGUGGUCCCAGUUUGAUUCCAGUAGCCUCUUUUCCACUUGUCACUCUCUCACUCUCUACUCUCUCUGCUGGUUUCUUCUCCAUCCAGUAAAAAAGAAAUACCAACCUUUGAACCUUUUUUCCUAACGUAGAGGUAAACAUUGUUUCUGACUGUCCAGUCUUUCCAGAUUUUACCCCUUAGCAGUAUAUUUUCAUGUUGUACCGCGGACCUUAAGCGGGUGCUAGAGUGAGAGUCCUUGUGAGUGUUGAUGAGACUACACUGUGUGGCAUGUGCUGAGGGCCAUUUAUCGCAGUAAUUACAAGCUUGAGAGGCUCUCCCCUCCAUGCUGAGAGAAUGAAGAAAGCAGAGAGGCAGGACCGGGUGCAGGGUCGUGAGUGUAUGUGAAUCCCAACAAGCUUCAUUGGCUGGAGUGAGGCUCUAGGUAUCAUGUGGUCUUGUUCUCCGGCCUUCAGCACUGUCAUACUCUCUCUCUCUCUCUCUCUCUCUCUCUCUGAAUCAGUCCUUCCUCCAUCCUUGUCCACUAACUAAUAACAAAGGAUGCAGUAUCAGUGAGGUUCAAUUCAGAGGUGACUUUGUUCCUUGCAAUGAUGUGGCUUUAUUCACACUGAAGCUUCAAGUGUAAUCAGUCUUUCGGUACCUAUACAUGCACAGCUAGGUCGCGCUACAGUCGAAGCAUGAUUAGGUGAUUUAGCUGGACCACUGUCCUUGUCCCAGUUUACAUACACUGGGCAAGAAUGGAGUUAUUGACAGUAGGAGGAAGCAUGUCCUCUUUUCAGCCCGUAAUGUGUCUCCUGGUUGACAUGUUACACAUCAAAAUAAUCUGCAAAAUGUGUUAGCAAGAAGAUAACAGGAUGUAUUUUUAACAAUGAAAACACUGUCACUUUUACAGCUCUUUGCCGUUUGUUAGGAAAGUCCCUUCUCUUUUUUUUUUUUACAUCCUUCUUUCGUCUGUCCAGGUUUCGUUUACUACCUGGCUUCAUAGCAACGCAUCCGUGCUAUUCAACUUGUGGCUCAGAGCCCGGCGUGUAAACACUGGAGCAUCUGUGUCUUUAUGAAUGUUGUAAAUACUGUAUAAUUACACCAUAUAUGUAAGGCCUAACUAGGGACAAAAUUUGUAUUUUCGAGCUGUAAACUCUAAGCUGUGUUGUUAAAUGAAUUGGUCCCCAUGAAAAUAAAGUCAAUUAAAUUCAAAUAGCUUCUAAGGCUGAACUGUAACGACAGCAGGAAGUUCAGCAAAAGCCCAAAUGCGUCACCUUGAAACGCACAGCUGCUGGGUUUCUCCUGCACUCACACUGUCGCCAACGCGCUGGCAUGCUGUAAAAGACGGACAAGUGUUUAAUUAACUGUGUUUGUCUUUCGUGUGUCUGUGUUUGUGUAUGCGUAGCCUUCAAGUCUGGGAUCCAUGGCAUUGACAGAGGGAGCUCUCUGUCAGCAUGACCUGAUCAGAGUGGUGUACAGCGGCCUCCACCCUCAGAGGGAGACCUUCACAGCCCAGAACAGGUAACACUUAAAAGCCAACAGCUGUUUAGGGAGGCUGUACAAACAUCGUAAAGAAGAGAUGAAAUUACAGUGCUGAGAUACAUUUGUGAAUGAAUGACUAAAAGUAGGAAGUGUUGCUUUUUCUGGAUACUGAGAAUCGACAGCAACAUGAGCGGCUCCACCUCAGCAAACACAGGCGGUGUCGCCACUCUGCGCCAUUGACUGGAGAUAGAACGGACCGCGUGAACUCAUUUCUGCCGAGUUAUGAGAUGUGAAGCCAAAAAACACAAAGCUGGUGCCAUGAGACGGAUGUCACACUCUUCCUACUCUUAGUACUCAAUAUUGAACUUUGUGAUUAAAUGUUGAAAACUCCUUAGGUUAGUAAAAUCUACAGCACACUAGUGGCAGGUGACCAACUUUGAUAAGAACUAAUUAUAAUGAUAAAAAAACAUAUUUGAGUAAGAUUUAUUCGAGGUGUGUUUUAAUUUUCUGAUUUGACCCCAGUCCCAUCUGUUAACAGGAGGGAGGUGAUGUUUACUAGACAGCUUAGGAGCUCUUAAUCUUUUGGCUUCGCAGUCAGGAAACACUUAAGACGUCUCUUUUGAUAUACAGUCUCUGCUCUGAAUGUUAUCAUUCCCUCUAAUUUUCAUAUUUUUAUCUUCUUUUUUUUUCUUUUUUCUUAAACAAAAUGGUUUCUUUCACCUCUUAUCACCUCCCACUAGAUGAAAAAAGACCUCUUAAGAUGAUCAGAGCAUAACCCUGCCUCUUCUGGUCAUACUCAGCAGGCCUGAAAGCUUUUUUGGCUCUCACUAUUUUCCUUGCUACUCUGUAUGAAUGAUAAUCUAAGCAUAGUAAUUAAGCACGCUGGAGUCCUGCCAGAAAAACGGCCUGUUGCGCUGCCAAAAUGAGCAGAGUUGCACUUUAUGCACAGGUUUAGUUUGCAGAGAUAGACACACAUCGGGUCUAUGACAGCUGAUAAUGUACGGGCCGCACGGAUAAGAGCGGUCGUCCUGUGUGGCUGUGGAGCUCAGUUAUGAUGAACACAGUGUCAUAAAUAAACUCAAUGGAUUUCAGCAGGGCUCCACCUCAUAGCUUAUCUGGAAAUCCAUUUGUACGGCUCAGCCUGAGACACUGUUUAUGAGGAGAAAACCCCGAGCUCCUGGGAGAGCCAGUUCACUCCCACUCUUGAUAUACAACCGGGCGUUUUACCUCCCGCUGGACUCGAAGUCAGUUACGACCCUUUUUAUACAGCAGGUCCUCUCCAUGGUCAUCCUACACACUCUCUCAAUAUGAACACACACCAAAUAAGAAUUAACAAUAAUAAUAUUAAUAUUAUAUUUUCUUUCAUUCUGAUCAGUUUUGCUAAAAAUUACAAGCAAGAGCAAUAAAAAGCACACCUUGUGGUGUACCUGGGCUUGAAGUCAGUCCUCAUAUGUCAUGCCAAAAGUCGUCUAUAGAGAGGCACACAAACAACCUGCUCCUCUUUUUAUUUCUCCCAUGGUUUGGCGAAGGCUGCCUCUUCAAGACAAAGGUGUUAAGAGUGCUUAAACCUGAGGGUACUUUCUUGUUUUUUUUUUAUUGUAGGCAGAAAACAGUUUUAAACACAAACAGAUACAUCCUCCCUCAUUACACAAAAUCUUUCUCUGCGCGAAACAUCAGUAAAUUCACAAAAAAUUAAAAUUUUUUAGAGAUGUGCUUGUGACUUCUUUCCCUGGUUUUAAUUUGAUGUAUGAAAUGUACAAUAUUCAAAGUACUCACCUUGUUGUCAGGCUGUAAGCGUAGACUGACUGUAUUGUUUUGUGGACACAGAGGAUCAGCAUCAGACAGCUUAGAUGCUAACUGAUCUAAAGAAAGUGACUUUUCUCAGGUAUUUAUCUUAAAGAUGUACAAACUCUUAUUAUAAAAAUUGAUGUUUAUUUAUGUUUUAGAUUUUUUAAACAUUUUCUCCUCACAGUUAUCCUACAACAGAGAGAUUCGAAAAUACUUCAUACAUUUGGCUGAAAGUCACUUCCUCAAAUUAAACAGCCAGUCUUUAAAUAUGUGUUCUAUACAAAUGCAAGACACAAAGGAUUGGUUUGUUGUCCUUUCCAGCACCCAAAAGAACAAUCCAAUAGGAAGUCUCCAAGGACAUACAGUACAUGUUGUAGUUUGUAAUAUGGGAUAUUUGCAGGACUGAAAAACUACAAGCAUCCAGAAACUAUAAAUAGAUAUAUAGGUUUUGUGUCCGUCAUUGUGCUCCCGUCAACCAAACAACUGGACAAAUCAACAAUAACAUGAUGGCAGGAAUAGACAGAUGUUUUAGUGAUUAACCCAAUCUCAAAUAAAAGUUCUUAUUUUUGAAGAAUUUAGAGUAAACAGGUUUCAUAAUCUAGAGUUCAUUAGUUUCCAUCAGAAAUAAUAAUUUUAUUGUACACCUAAAUCAGGGUGUUGUUCACCUCCGCUCAUAAGUUAGGUCCCAAACAGAAACAUCAAAAACCAAGUGAAGGUACUAGACGAAAGUACCUGACCCCUUCAAUGUUCUUUAAACUCAGACCUAUAAACCCUGGAGACAUAAAAUCACUGCAGGUUCAUCCACCAGGAACUGAUCUGAAGUGACGCCUCACUCACUCUACAUUUGUCCUGCUUCGACACCACUACUGAUGAUGAUGAUGAUGAUGUGUGUGUGUGCAGAGAGCUGAAGGGUGAUUACUGCAGUGUAUUAAGCAUCUGCAUCCAGUGCAGUAGCUCACAAUGGACAAAACUGCUGAGACCAGCAGUUUUCACAGAAGAAAAAAUAAGGUGCUGGAAGGACGCCUAAAAGGAUUCUUUCAAGUGUGGUAGAAACGAUGUGAUCAAGCAUUCAACAAAACUGCAGGAACAGGUUUAACUCAGAUUAAAUGAGAACUGAUAUUCUGUUUGUAUUUUUAAGUUUUUUUUUGUUGAUGAUGUGACUUUGCAGAUUCGAGGUGCUGUGUUUCCUCAUGCUCUGUUACAACUCUGCCGUGGUCUACAUGCCCCUAUCCUCCUACCAGUCAGUCUGCAGAAUGAGCUCACGGUGAGAAAACACAUGCAAAUCCUUGUUUGUUUCUAUCUUCUUCCACACUGCAGUUUUUCUUUUCUGCGGUCAGUUUGUAAUCACCCUCUCCUCCUCACUCCAUUGCUUUCUCUCCUGAACCCAGUGUAAAUCACCUCCUCUGCCCUGUAGCCAUAAACUGACCUUGUUACUGAUUGCCCCUGUUGCUGCAGGAUUUGAUAAGUAUGAUUUCAGUUGCAUGUGAUGGGGCAAGUGAAAGCACCACACGCAACUGCCGGAUACCUGUCUGAGUCUGUCUGUCUACCUAAGUCAAGAGAGAAGGAUAGAUGUGGGAUUUACAAUACUAGGCUCUGAAGAGGAGCCGACGCCCAGUGAUUGCUCCACCAGCGGCUCAGAGACGAGUCAGGAUAUGAAGACUUUCCCUGCUGUGAGCGAGCCGACAACGCCUGAAGCAAGCUUGAGUCUAGACAGAGGCCAAGCUGUGGAUGUGGAGAUGUCAGAGCACAAGAACUUAAUAUUUGACUUCACCCUCACUGUGAACACCUUUAAUACCUCCAUCCUCUUUACACUGUCUGACCUCCUUAAGUGUUAAGUGCUUGUGUAAAUGUUGCUCCCUCUGAGCUGUUUUUCAUUUUUGUGUGUUUAUCCAGGGAGGAUAUUGGUGUUUUGUCGUCCUUAUCCGAUCUGGACCAUUUCCUGCAGAUAAACACGUGUUAAACUGUCAAACACCUCUUAACUUUAGCCUAGUCUUCCCUCAUUAACCUUUUCUCAUGCUUGUUUUACUUCACCAGUCUUUCUCGUUUGAUUAUUUGUUUUUCUCUCCUUAGGUUGUGUGUCUGUGGAUUCCCCAGGCAGCAGCAGAAGCUUUGGAGGGAACCGUGCAAUAGGGUGCUGCUGGAUCCUGAGUUCAUGGUGCAGAUGCUGACUGCAGUUUAUCAUGCCAUGUAUGUAUUUUCUAUUUACAAAACACUUAGCAAAAUGUUAGCUAGCAGUUAUUUACUUAUCAACCAGUUCUGAGCUACAUGGUGUUUUGUGUUUGCAUAAAAAAUUGUCACAUUCCCUCCCUGUCAGCUCUAUUUUUAUCAUAUACAGUGCCCAGCAUAAGUCAGUACACCCCCUAUUAAAAAUUAUGUAUUACACAAUAUCUAGAUAAGCAAAAGUACAAUUUCCAAAGUUUUGACAAAGCUGAGUUUAACAUAACAUUUUUACCAUAAGAUGAAAGUAAGGAUGAUAUGGUAACUAAAAUUUAGCUUUGCUCCCAGAACUUUGAUUGGGGUGUACUCAUUUUUGCAUCCUGAUUUUGAAUUGAAAAAAAAUCCUUUUUUGUGUGCAACUUAAAAAAUCUUGUUUGCAAUCAAUGGCCUACAUUUGGGGGAAUAUUUUGUUAUAUAGUCUGACAUAGAAAAUGUUGAUUUUAAAGGGAAAUUAAAGGUUUUCUGACAAAUCUGAAGGGGUGUACUCACUUAUGCCGAGCACUGUACAUAUAAUAUGAUAUAUAUUUUUUGUAGACUAGUACUAAAACAUGAAGUGUGUUUCACAUUAAAGCUCCUGUGAGGAGUUUUUGACUGGUUGUGAAACAGACUCAGUUAAACAGUGAUGUAUCUAUAUGGUGUGCAAAAGCAAAUGAGACCAUAAACAACAAGACCGACCAUCUCCAUAAUGUAAUUUUCAAUGUCUGUAACUGCUGUGAGUGGGAAGGUACACUGAAGGAACAGCCAUAGGUGAUUUACUCACGGUAUACACUCCCAGAGAGGGAUACAUUCACCUUGAAAUGAGUCUGUGCUAGUUUUCACAGACAUGUAUCUUGUCAAAAAUCAUGAUGAACCUUUGCCACCCUGAGGUGUACUAAAUAGUGAAAUUCUGGCCUCUGGCCCAUAGCCUAAAAUUGUAAUGAACGCUGUAAGUGAGAGGAACAAUGUCGUGGGAGAGAUAAAAGUAAGUAAAAAAGUGAGUAAAAAACACCCCAAAUAUGUUUAGAACAACAAAUGAACUUUAUUCUGUUGAUUCUUCUUUUUUUAAUGUCACAACUGCAGCCCUCCUCCUUUAUCCGGGCUGGGGACCGGCAAAAUUGACUCAAUUGAGACAAUUUGGCGGAGUUACUGUUUUUUUUUUUUUUUUAUUUUUUUUUAAUUUUUUAUUAUUUUUUUUUUUUUUAAUUGUUUUUCUUUUUCUUUAGUUGAUUUUUUAAAUACAUUUUUUGCUGCUAGUAUGGGUACUGAUUAAAUGGUUCAGUUGCAGCUGGUGCACUUUUCGUCAUCCUUUUCGUUUUCUUGCCCUGAAAAACAACACAACAUUGUUACUUUUCUGAUACCUGGUAACACCAGACUAUGCAGUGUCAGUAGUAUAAAGCUGCUUUUGAAAUCUCACAUCACAACAUUUGUGAUGCUGCUGUGCAUAGAUUGUGUACUUACAUAGUUGUUGAUGGCUGACCAACCAGGGUACAGCCGACUGUGUUCUUCCUUUUCCACUCUGGCCAUUUCUUUAAAGUCCCCUCGCUGUUCCUCUGUAAGCUCAUUCCACUGUGAACAGACAAAAACAUACCGUCAGAAACACACUCAUUUCCAAACUGGAUCAUCCACUUGCGCAUGAACAACACCUGGUGCACACCAGGUACUCAUUAGUGAGUGUACAACAUUUCCUCUAUGCAAACUUUCAUACCUUUAAAAGUUCUUUACAUGAGACAGUGAAUAAAAAGCAACAUUAACAGUUACAGUGAAAAGAUAAAGUAAAAAUCUUUGAUUUAUUUAAACCCGAGUGAACCAUGUCCUGACACACUUACCCACUGGCCGAGGAAAGCAUUCGUCUCUGCGCUCCCUUUCUCUGCAACUUCAGCUGGUACAUUUUCUCUGUACAUCCUCAUAAACAUCAUGAAGGCAUUUGGUGGCUUUUUGAUGUACGAGCUGUCCUCCUGCUCCAUUUCCCUUUUUCUUUUCCUGUUGGUCAAAAUCAGAGAGAAAGUUAAUGUUGUUGCUCUAUCAAACUUUUUUAAUUGAAUAAAUGUUAAGGUAUGCCUAAUGUCAUUUCCAUUCUCUUUGCUUAUUAUCACAAUCGUUUAUGAAUAAAAUAAAGUUUGAGUAAUUUGAAUCAAUACUUACCUUGAGUUGGAGGCUGUGGGAAGAGAAACAGCGGGCUCAUUUGACUUAAACGCUGUGUAAGGGCUGGCCAAUGGACGCUGUUGGUCAAAGAGCUGAAGAGCAUCUUCAACACUUGUGACCUCAGUAAACCGUCCAGCCCCACUGUUUGCUGGGUGAGGGGUGGUGUUAAACCCCAAACCAGCAGAGUAUGUUGGGGAUGGAGGUGGAGGUGAAAAGGAAGGCAGAGGGUCAGUGUAUUGGAUCUGUGUAGUAUGGUGGACUGCCUCAUAGAGCAUGUUGUCUGUCAGCAGGUCACGAUCUUCACACAGUGUCUUAAACAGUGUGCGGGGACUGUCCAAUGGGCUCUGUAGUUCAAAAAGCUCGAGUCCAUCUUCAGAUGUUAAGUCUAUAACCUCUUCAUUGGAACUUUCUGCUGAAUGAGGGGCAGCAGGGUUUGUUGAUGAUGAAAGCAGAGAUGAAAAGAGAGCCAUAGGGUCAGUGGUCAGCCUCUGCUCUGUAAGGUGGUCUGCCUCAAGGAGCAUGUAAUCUACGAGCAGCUCACUAUCUUCACACAGUGUCUCAAGCAGUGUGCUGGGACUGUCCAAUGGCCUCUGAAGGUCAGAAAGCUUGAGUACAUUCUUAGAUGUCACACCCUCAAAAUCUUCAUUGGAACAUUCUGCUGAAUGAGGUGGGGUGUUAAACCCAAAACCAGCAGGGUGUGUUGGUGAUGAAGGUAGAGGUGAAAAUGAAGGCAGAGGAUCAGUGGUCUGGCUCUGCGUUGUAAGGUGGUUUGCCUCAAAGAGCAUGUUGUCACACAGUGUCUUGAACACUGUGUGGGGACUGUCCAAUGGGCUCUGUAGAUCAAGCUUGAGUAGAUCUUCAAAUGUUAACUCCUCAAAAUCUCCAUUGCAACUUUUUGCUGCGGGAGGGGGGGUGUUAAACCCCAAACCCGCAGGGUACGUUGGUGAUGGAGGUGGAGUUGUCAUGGUUGAAGAAAACUGCUCUUCUUCUCUAUAACUUGGCUGACUCGGCUGAAAUAUUCUUCAAACUUUGUCGCUCGCCUAGACGUUGGCUAUACUGCUUCGGUCUGGAGGUGAAGAGACUUCUGUUUGAGUUCAUGGCUAACCUCUGAUGUCAUCAGUCAUGCUCGGUGACAUCACCACAAUUUUAAAAAAUGCAGUGCAGGGGGACAUUCCAUUCAAUUUUUAAAAAAUGCCAAUCAAAAUCUGCAAUCAUGACAGACUUGAUCUCAGUCAAACUGCAGUAAAUCUUUUCUAUACAGUUUUGAUUGGAUGCAUAGGUGGUCUUUAAAGCAAUGGUUGCAUCAUGAGUUGAUGGGAGGGGAUGACAUGUUUUUUUUUUUUUUAAAGUUUCUAAAUUAAUAGAUAGAGGGGUCUGAAAACUCGCCAAAUAUAGCAACAAGGCUGUAAGUUGGCAACACUGGCUGUGAGGUUAUGAUGUGAAUAUGUGUGAAUAAUGUGCUCCUAUUCCUGAUGUCCCUGGGUGAUAUAUGGCCAAAAGAAUGUAUAUCAUGUAGAUGAAAAUUGCAGGAAAAUGCUUAUUUUUGUGAUUUAAAGAGCUCUAGUGACUCCCAUGUUGGGUGGGGGUGGUUAACUUCAUGAGCUGCUAAACAAUAUUUAGCUGCUUAGCUUAAUAUCGCAAUAUAUAUCACAGGGUUUAAAAAAAUCGCAAUGUUAGUUUUUUCCAAUAUCGUGCAGCCUUGGUAUGUAUGGUGGAAAAGUCUCCUCAUGGCAUACACCUAAAGUCUACCAAGGACAGACGCUCCUCACUGUACUGACUGAUUACAUCUGUAGUGCAUUGUGGGAGCAGGUGAUUUCGUCCCCUCUGAGCAGAGUCACUGCAAAGCUGAUUACGUCUCCUCGAUGAUAGCUCGUUCUCUGAGAUGGAUCCCCUGAUAGGCUUGUGGCUGGAGUCCACGUUGUAACGAGGGUGUCGUACCAAGAGAAUGAGCAUGCAUUCUGCCGCAUGGCCCCCAUCAUGAGGGAGCACGGCAGCAAUCAGGACUGUGUGAGCAUGUCUGUGUGUGUGUGUGUAAGAAGAACAGCCUUCUUAGUAAUCCCCACCAUAGGUCACCUCAGUGUGAGCUCUCACAGUCACCCCUGGCCUGAGCAGGCGCACACCAGCCACAGAUAAACAUGAAUCUGCACAUGCAGAGGGACCUUGGCAUCCGCAGAGGGCAGUCUGGGAUUUGGGUUAAUAUGUCCGCUAAUGCUUAACGCUUUCAAACUACAUGAAGAGAGAGAGAAUGAGAGACAUGCAGGGAUACCAGAGCAGAGAGACAACCCUAAUUUUCUGUCUUUUGUUUCGGCGAGGUUUGAAAUGUAUUCUGGACUGAUGGUCCCAAUUUAACAACAUCAGAGAGUCUGUUUUUACCUGCCCAUUCAUGCUGUCCCUUUUAUCUGGAGUCUACAGGGGACCCUAGGCAUUUAACCCUGGCUGUGGGUUUGUUUCAUGUGCAGGACAACAUCAAAGAGAGAUCAGCUGUGCUCUCCUUCUUUUACCCUUUUUUCUCUAUUUUAUUUUUGUAUUUCAUGUUUUAUCCUUUAAUCAUGUGUCCAUUAACUAUUCCAAGCUGAAGACAACCCAACACCUUAGGAAGAGAACCAGAUUUGGAUGAACACUUCUGCUCUUGGUCGGAUCAGCAUUUUCAAAUCUGCUGUGUAUAUAUGAUCAAGUGUUGUGUAUGUGAUUAAAUGUUGAUCUCAGUUACUGUACUCGAAGUUGUUGUCUUAAACUUAUCAUGUGUUGAGCAUAUCUUUUCACUGUCACUCAUUUUGGUUGAUUUAUAUCUGCAAAAGAGAAUUAGGGCCACAUGAAGAGAAAAAAAUAAUUUAAGUCGAAAUUUCGAGAUUAUAGUCAAAAUUUUGAGAUUAAAACAAUCGAAAUUAUGUCAAAUUUUCAAGAUCAAAGUUGAAAUUUCCAAAUUACAAAAUUCCGUGAAUAAUGUCAAAUUUUGAGAUCAAAAAUAUUAAAAUGUUGAGAUUAAAGUCGACAUGAAUAAAGUCAAAAUUUCAACUUUUUGAAAUUUCGGUUUUUAUCUAAAUUUUUUAUUAUUUAUUUUUUAUUUAUUAUUUUUUUUUUCCUCUUUAGUAUAUAUCUGCUAGUUCACUCAUUGUUAGCUUAUUUUCGCCUCUUUUUGUGGUAUUUAAUGAUAAUAAUAGGUCUUGAUUUUGAAACAUCUGAUUUUAUCUGAAUUACACACUUAUUGAGCAUGAAUCUGCAAUUAAAAAGAUUCUAUUAUCGCCUAAUAUGGAGGGCGCAGCUACAAGAUUUGUGUCUAACAUUUUUAGAGCAACAUUUAUUUUUAUUUCUAUAAAAAGAAUACCAUAGAAAGCUGUAUGAAUUGGUUCCAAGAGAAACGAUGCAGUUCAGGUUCAAGAGACAGCAGUGUAGCAGAGAGGUAUAAUCAGUGUGACUGGUUAUGUCCUUAACUUCUCCCUGCCUCCCUCCCUCCCUCCCUCUCUCUAUAUAGCUGCAGGCCUGACUGAAUAACUAAUAAUAGUUCAGGAGGAUGUGACUCAGACAUCAAGGCAUCCGUUCAGACACUCCUGUUUACUCACAGAAGCUCACAGCAUGUCGUUAUUAAAUGACGGUGUUGCUUUAGUUUUUUUGUUGUUGUUUUGUUUGAUGCAGAUACAAUGGAGAGUGGGAGAUGGGACGGGAAGCUCUGGAGGACAUUCUGUACAGAGCUCAGCUGGAGCUUUACUCCCAACCUCUCUUGGUAAGACCGUCACAUCAGCACUGGCACUCCACUGUCUUUCAAACCCGCACAAUCAUUGUCAUCAUCAGGCUUUUAAAUCUUUUAUCAUCUCUAGGUUAUAACUUCUUAGCGUUUUUGUUCAUUUGUUUUCUGUUUAUGAACUCCAGCUGGGAAACGCCAUGAAGAACUCGCUGCCAGAGAGCGCACCCGAUGAGCCAAGGGGGCGUAAGGUGCUCCAGGUGGAGGUGACGCCCACUAUAAGCCGUAUCUCCAUCUCAGCCAUCACCACCGCCUCCAUACGACGCCACCGCUGGAAGAGAGAGGGUAAGACUGCGGCAACCGUGUAAAUAGAAGAAUCUGCCUAGGUGGCCUCAGUGCAGGAGAGAUCUUAGUAGAGCAGCAGCCCAGAUCCAUGACACCACUCUUCUCUUUUAAAUGUCCUUGUUACGAAAUAGUAACCGAGGAACGAUAAAGUUUCGUAAGUAAAAGACCAGUGUUCAGUGAUGACUAAAAGUCCAAUCUUACAAGCUGUUCCUUUUUUUUUUUUUGAUCAGUGAAAAUCCACAAGAAGGAGCUCUUAGGUGAGAGAAUGACUUCUCUGUUGUUUGUCCUUGGCAGUGAGAGGAAAGUUCAACCUGAAACGCUUUCUUUGGCCCCGGUAUUAACAUGCAGUCUGUGUAACCCCGAUCACAAGUGGACAGGUCUAAGUGGAGUUGUGAACUAUCAGGACAUAUUCAGGACGCAUCCCAACCUGAUCACCCUGACUGCAAUUUAAAGUGGUCUGGGGUGCAGAUGGUGACUUUCUUUAAGAGGUGUCCCAGGCUGUGGAGAAGAUUCAUCAUUUCCUUUUUUGUUAUUUGUGUUUGAUAAUUUCUCAUUAAAGGCAGAUUCAUGAACCAGGUAUUAAACUGCAGAAUUGUUGCACCUAGUCUUGAAUUGAUCAGUGUCAUGUCCUUGUCAGUUUGAAGCCCAUGCUGAGAGUUUCCAGCUCAGAUAUCCACGCAUACAUGAAACCAGACUGUAGUUCUGAAACUGAGGUAGUGCAGCCCUUAUUUUUGUGGCCCUUAUCCUGAAAAUAAAAAGUUUCAUUCAGUGAUACCAGUUGUUCAUAGAAGGCUGUAGUCAGAGGAGGACAUACAUCAUAUAUAAAAAGGUAAAGUUGCCUGAGACAGAAGAGAGACGCUGACUUUAUCGCAUUUUUUUUGUCAUAUUUAAUAAAAUUUGAUAAUUGGUUUUAUUCUGAGAGCUGCCACUGCUAAAUAAGUAAACGUGUGACAGAUCAGCCAUUCAGUACCUGUGUGUAAAGGAAGGUGUUAAGAGUUUUCUUAUCGAUAUGGAUCCUCAUUGAAGUUGCGACCUCCAUCGUUGCACAUUUUAUUUAGAUUUUGAAUGUUUCAAGCAUACAGGCCUGAUUCAAGUCUCUUUGUUACUUUUAUACUUUUUAUAAUUUAAUAUUAAUUAAAAAAGUAAAAAACCAAACACGUCUUUAAUUCAAAUUAAAGCAGAUUACAUUUUUUUCUUUCAGUGACAUUGAAGUGCUAAAUUAAGGGAAACACGGGAUACAGUCUUUUUGCUUUGGCAUGUCAAGCACUCAAAUGUGCAAGAAUAUCCUUAGAUUUAGUUUUUAGCCAAGAACAGAUCUCAGAGAAGGAAACUUCUGUGAACACCAGAGUCUUGGUUAGGGCUGAGUGAUAAACCAAAAAUUUACCGAUACCAAAAUUUAUAACAGUAACCAACGUCAUUUUGCUCAUGUCAAUACAUUCAUUGUCAAAAGUUGGUUUUGGAUGUGUGUAGGUAGGGUAUGGUCUCAUGUCCCUUUAAAAUGCUGUCCUAUGUCAGAAACUCCACCCCAUCCAGUCCGUAACAAAGAGGGAAAGACAGGUGAGGAGAUGAAGGACGGUUCAAAUGUUGGAGUCGUGGGAGUGGUGACUGAAGUAGACGAAGUUAAUGUGUGAGGGGGUGAGCAGCUUGUGGAGUAGUUAUCAUCUUUUGAUCGUUAUCGAGGUGAACUGAUCAAUAUAUGGUGAAAUUGAUUUGAGGUUAUAUCACGCAGCCCUAGUCCUGGUAAAAGGAAGUGUCUCCUUAAAAACGGAAGGUGAGUGAGACCGCUGAUUGUUCGUGUUCAUUCAGAGUUCACAGGAUGAACAUUUGUCAGUAAGCUAAAAAAGAGGAUGCCAUUCCCCCCUUUUUUUAGUAAUAGCUAACUAACUAAAACUCAAAAUCUCAGAAAAGUCAACUUUUCUGUCCACUUGUGAUCUGAGCAGCCAGGACCUGCUGUCAAUACUCGGUAUAGAUAGGCUCUCUGUUUCUGUGUAAACCAGUCACACCAUUAGCAUCAACCCAAAGGUGUUUCAUGUCAGGUAUUGAUGUUAUAAUGGUCAUACAGUCCCUGUGUCCCAGUGCUUGUGCCACUCACUGCUCUGUAUUACUCUUAUUUUGCUCGUCUUGUCUAUUCAGUAUGUGCUGUGCUUUGUAUCACUGGUUAAAUUGAAGGUUUGUGGUGUACAAGAAACUCAUGACAAAAUGGUGCCUGUAGGUUCUGCUGACUCCAUUUUACCCAGUAGAUAGGCGAGAAGUGGGAUUUUAAUUUCAUGGAGUACCAUUUCAUUUCUUUUUUAUAUUCCUCACAUGAGUUUUCAGACAGCUAUUAGUCCUGCUGAGCCCAUGAUGAGGCCCCGAUCACUUGAGGCCUGCUGCCACUAAAGAAACACGUUUCCCCAUCUGUGUUGUUGACUCCCAGAUUGUUUUGACUACUCAACCGAUGCAGAGUUGAGCCUCGUCGUCAAUCCUCCUAGCCUCGCCCAGCACCUCUACAACAACCACAACACCCCCUGGGACCCUGCAGCCAAAGAGGAGCAAGGAGGGCGUCCUCCCAGCCACCACAGCAGCAGCAGCAGCAGCAUCAUUCCCCCCAUCACAUUCGAGGGUAGGGGACAGGGGCGGAUAUUCAGAGCAGAGUGGGUCACAGGAGGAGGUGCCCUUUCGAUCUGUAUCAUCCCCACCCACCUCCUCCUACUUCACCUCCUCCUACUGCCCCUCCUCAGCUUGAGAGGGUUAAUUCUGCCGUUCCCAUUUUUGGCUGCCUCUUCACUUCCCCAGAGUAUACUAACUCAUCCAGUCUCUAAGACCCUCAGCCAACAACCCCCUCUGCUACCAGAUUAUUUUCUCAGCUCAUCCCAAGAGCGGAAGAGUCGCCUAUUCUGGGUUUGAAGGAAGUGUGGCUAGCGGCCAUUUUGCAUGGGCUAUGUCAUCAUGUCAUAUCCUCUCUUUCUCCUCAUCAUGCCUCCAAAGUUCUCUAGACUGCUGCCCCUCUCACUCACUGAGCAUGUUUUCUUCCCUGCCUGCAGCUUGGGCUUUCUGAACUCUCAAAAACUGAUCCUAUAGAUUUUUUUUUUUUUUUUUUUUGUCUUUUUGAAAUCAUCGGCUUUACAUAACUGGCACAAAAAACUGGACAUCUUGUUUCUGUACUGCCAGCACCACAAGUUUAAGGGUCGCUCAGGCCAGCAGCGCCCAUCUGCUGCCAUCAACACUCUGCAGGAAGAGGCCUCUCAUUUUGUUUUCCACUUGGUGUAUGCUAAUGUUUGGUUCCGCCAUUUUACAUUUUUCUUUCCUCAGCUCAGUGAGUGGGAACAGGCCCGACAUCAUGCAUGCUCACGCUGCAGCAAGCUUCUUGAUUUCCUGCCAAAACACUAAUAUUUCCAGGGACAAGGCCAUGUCAGGAGAAAUCAACAAGUUUCAAAAAUCCUAAUAAUCAGAACAGAAAAAGGCGUUUUGAUACUGUCCAGACUGAUCUUACGGCCCAUUUUGUCUUGUCUAGUGUGUGUCUUUUUCUUUGUGUAGUGUAUACAUAUUUUUGACAACAGAUCAGCUCAUCGCCCUGGCUUUAUGGUCAGUGUUUGUCCGGGCCAUCCCAUCUUUUUCACAUGACACAUUGACAAACUGUGCAUUUUGAAGAAAGAGUAACUCGAUUUUAAGUAAUAUUUUCCUCAGGACUUUGCAGUCAGUUUCCUUGUUUACUGUCUAGACAUGCUUUGGCAGAAAGAGACGCUUACAGCUGGUGAUAAAACAGGAACAGAAAUUCAUACUGAUGCCUUCAUUUGAGCUUUAAAGACAAGUUCAACCAUCAGAGAGAGGAUUUUAUUUUUAAAUGGAUAUCUUUUAGCUUUCCCCUCAUAACUGUAGGUUAAAGGCUAAAACAUACAGGAUCCGUGAGUCCGCGCGUAUCACACAGCAAAUACGUUGCCAUUCUAAUCAAUGCAGCAAAGCAUACAGGACGCGUCUCAGCUCUGUAUUAGAAGCAUAUCGAGCACUGCUCUGCUUAAGAUAAAUACCAAGUCUAUUUUUGCUGCUCUACGCUUCCAACACCUGUCAAUCUACACAGAGAAGAUUGUUCUAGACAGGAUGUCAAGCAUGAAAACCGUGCAUGUCAUUUGGUAAAUUUCAAAAUAAAACACCAUAUGCAGACUCCUGACUGUGUAUCAGUUCAUAAAGAUGUAAAAUACUUCCUGGUUAUGGAUUUAUCAGUAACACAGAACAAUUUGAUGGUCAAUCCCUGAUCCAUGUGGACCCCAACUGGACUUUGAUCUGCUAACGCUGUCUGAGGUUAACAGCACGGCAUAAAGGAACAUAGUUUACUUUAUUAAACAGAGUAAACAUGCAAAAACCAAAACUGUAUUAUCACGUUGCUUUUUCACAUACAGUAGAGGCUCAACAGUCACUGAAUUGUAUCCAAAUUAGCGUAUAUCCAAACAGCGCUGCUUAACGGAGCAGAGACGUGACACUGACGGAACUCACUCAAUACAGAUCCUGUAUGUUUUCGGUUUAAGUGUCAGAGGAAAGGACUAAUAGCAAGCUGCAGAAACUUUGUUUUCGGAGCUUUUCAUAGUAACAACUUUAAGAAAAACAUUUAAGAAAAAGUCAGAUAAGAUUAUUUUGUCAGAAAGCUCUAAACCUUCGGAUGUUUCUAACCUCAACACAUCUUUCUCAUGGUUAGAAUCUAGCUGAAGACACAGAAGCAAACCAGACUCUGAGCAUUUCGAUAAACAGCUGUUUUUAAAGUGGAUUUAAAUGCUGUAAAGCUCUGCCCUUGGACAGGUCAGGUGAUGGAUGAUCAACAAGCUGAGGCAACAGCUUUUUAUAAAUCAUCCAUUUUAAAGAUUAUGAACUGAUACACCAGACUGUUAAAAGAGCAUUAUUGUGAUUUUUGCUGAGAAAUAAACUACCUACAUAUUAGGGGUGGGAGAAAAAAUCGAAAGGCUUAGUAUUGCAAUAUUUUGUCUGGUGAUAUGUCGUAUCGUCUCAUUAACCAAGUAUUGAUUUUUCAAAUUAAUUGCUAAUAUGAAGUCAAAUUUAUGAUAAUGGAAAAUUAAAAUCAACUGUUUGUCCAGUGAGGUUGGCAGAGGUGACAUCAUAGAGCAGGAGAAAGUUAGUGCAACAAAUAUAUAUAUAAGGUUUGCAAGAUGUGCUACAUGAAAAUAAAAUACAGUGUAAAUAAGAAAACAUAAAGGAAAGACAAAUGCUAAGUUUGUUUAACAGUUGAAGAAAUUGUAUAGAUCGCAAUAUAUGGUAUUGCAAUACUCACUGUAUUGCAAAAUGUUAGAAAUCGCAAUAAUAUCGUAUUGUUGGGCCACUGAUGAUUCCCACCCCUACUACACAUGCUGUGUAUAGAAAAUAACCAGCAAAGAGAGAAGAGGGACCACUCCGUGCCAGAUUGACACAAACAGAGCUUUAAUAGACUUCCUUUAGUAAGAGGCUGCACUUCAGGCUUGUUGCAAAUUACCCCACAAAGAGGUUUUUAAAGAGAAAUCAAAAAGGUGCUUCCUUAGUGGAUCGUCACUUUCAAGCAGAUUUCAUUUCCAAAGCAGAAUUGGAGUCAGAAGGUUCAAAUUUGCUCCAACUCUGUACAGUCCUGUAAUUGCCUCAGUGUUUCUCAGGUGUUGGAGAUAUUUUAGCUCUUCAUUUGGGAUUGGUUUGUCCACCGAGGUCUUGCACACUGGCUCAUUUAGCCGUGUGGGCUGUCAGCUCUAUCGAUCUGAUAAGGUGUACGGACUCGCCUCAGUGCUCUCCACAGAUUGGCGGGCUCGUCUCGGUCGGCCAACCAUGUGACCGCUGGGUCAGCGCUGCAGGAGAAAGAAAGAGAGAGAGAGAGAGGAGGAGGGAUGAGGCAGGAGAGCAUGCGUCUUCUCCUCAUGAUAUGUGCAUGUCAGUCCAGACCCUUUUUUUCUUCUCGGGUUCCUCCAUUUCUUUUCUGACGCUGCCUGCAGUCCCCUGUCCUCCAGUAUUGCUUGUUCCCAACGAUGCAUGACAGAGACAGGGGGCUGAUCCUGUCUGUCUUCUUCUUUUUUAACAGGCUUCUCCCUGAAAACUGAAUGUUGAUAAUCUGCUUUUUCUAACUCAUUGUAUUGUCUUUUUCCUUUCUAGCUUUCAAACCAAUAUGGAUCACGUUUUAGUGAUGUUAUUUAUGUAGGCAAAGUCAUUUGUGAGUGUUUCAGGAACAUCUGUAGAUAUCAAAUGUAAUGUUUUAUACCAACUUUGUCCUUCUUUUUCUUAUCAGACAUCUCGCAUGUUCUCCAAACAAAAAGAUUUAGUCAAUCUGACCCUCACAGGAUGAUGAAAGUCGAUGCUCAGAUUGUUAUUAAAUGAAUCUCUGGUACAUAAUGUGCAAGAUAAUGAAGCUGUGUGGUCUGUUGUGUGCUAACCUGUUCAAAAUAUGCUAAUUUCUCUGAAUUAUAGUCUGAACAUGUAAAAUCUUAGUGUUCAUUUUACCUUUAGUUUGUCAUAAGCACAUUUACAGGAAGCAGCAGCUAAAAUAUUAAAUGAGGAUGAAGGAAUGUGGCUGCAUUCAAAAUUUUAAUACUUUAUUGUAAUUAGAAACGAUCUUAGCCGAUUUUUAAAAUCUGUAACUUUGGUUUGAAAAGGUUUGUUUCAGGAUCAGGUGGAGAAUCUUAGUUAAAGCUCCAUCUUUCUGACCUUAAUGCGUGUCUAUCAUGUUUUAUCUCUGUGUUUGUCUGUGACUGGUGAUCAGAUGCUGAUGGGAUGAGCGGCGGGGAAGAUUCCUUCAACAUAAACGACCCAGACGAAGGUUUCUCCUCAGGGGCGUCUAACAGCAGCCAGCCCAGCGGCACCAAGCCGAGCAGCGGUGGUGUGGGGCCGAGGGGGGGGAGUCUGAACAGCAGCAGCAGCAGCAUCAAGAAAGCCAUCACAGCCCGGCUGUCUCGCGACAAAGAGAGAGAGCGGGAAAAGGAGCGGGAACGAGAGAAGGAGGCAGAGAAGCAGGCCGAUCUGUCCGCAGUUCACCAGGUUAGCAUGAGGAGGCACCACCAGAGGCAGCAGUCUCCUCCAGCCAGCAUCAAGCUGGACGCCAUCCAGCUGAGCCCCAUCAAGAAGCACCUGAGCUUCCCUACAGGGCCCAUGCUGGUGCGGACUGGCAGCACCUCUUCCAGCAAGUCUUUUGAUUGCAUGAAUUUCAACCUGAACGGAGGCGAUGAGGAGCAAGGGGAGGUGGCGGGGGGCUCCGACAAGGAGGGGGGGCUCCCGGUGGUUGGCUCCCACCGCCACUCCACCAUCAGCCUGAAGGAGGAGCACCUCAUCAGGCCAGAGGACGCCCAGGAUCUCCUCUCUCCUGGAGCUCCUCUCACCAAGCAGUCCCGCUCCCCCAGCUUCAACAUGCAGAUCAUAUCACAGGUCUAAUGUGCUGUGCAGAGCAUGCUAGACACACACACACACAAACAUACACAUACAUGCACACGCACACACACAAGUACCUGCUGACAACACACAUCUUCAUGCAGUAUUUCUCUGCAACUCUUUACAGUCUCACUUUGACACCCAUGUCUUCUUAUCUGUGCUGUGGUGUGUGUGCGUGUAUCUGUGUCAAUGUGUGUGUGUUUGUGUGUGUGUGUGUGUAGGAGGGGCACAUCUUGAGAUCUCUUAAGUUGUGUUUCCACCCUUUUAACAUCCAUUAAACUUACAAUCAUGACCUGCAGUUGUUGCUGGUGGGUGCAGCAUCACUGAAAAUGCAAGUAAAGUAGUGAAUGAUGAACUGCUGUAUCUACAGACUGGUGUGAAAGUGACCAAGUGGAGCAUUCCUCAAAGAAAAGCGGUGGAGCAGUCCUGAAGAAGGACGUGACACCAGCUGUAGGAGGUGUGACAUUUCUGUUUAGUUCAGUUCUUAAUUUGUUGAGUUCCUGACUGAAUCAGUCAAAAAUGAAUCAGCAAUAACACUUAACGUCACUUCAUGUGGAGAAGAGCAAAGAUUGUUGUUGCUCUGUCUUCAUUCCUUCCCUUUCAUUCCUGGGCUCAUGUGCAAUCAUUCUUGCUGAUUAUCUUCCUUGUUAAUUGCUGUUUUAAAUUAAGCAGGAAUGGUUUUAUCGAGAAAGUCAUUUUACUUAUUUUUUUAUCACAAUCCAAAGAAGGUCGAUUGUUUCUUUACUUGUCCGACAAUGAUUGGGCAGAAAUCAGUCCGACUAAGUUUCCAGCCCAUGCCCAUUUUCUUUUAGACGUAACAGCUCUUUGAUCUGUACAAUAAGACUUCUGAGAUUGUUUUAAAACCAAACUGGAAUGUGGUUAAAGUUUGUCUUGUCCCAAAGUUUGAACUCAACUGAGGAAAUCACUACUGUGCAGCUACAAGAGGAAUUCUUGAUUUGAAAUCGGAAGCUGAAUCUUGAGGGAGAACUGGAUGAAAAAAACAGCGUGGACAGUGCAAGUCUGUGUCUGAAGCUAAAGGCAAUGACUGUAUUUUCUAUUGGAUUGUUAUUGUGGUUCAAACCAUUUAAUAUGUCCUUCCAUCUCGAAGCACUUGUGGGCGUUUUCGUCAGUCGAUGCUGUCAAUGUCAUGUCCUGAGCCGGUGAGUUAGUGCCCUCUAGAGGCGUGUCCGAGUCACGACGGUGGUUUUGUGUUGUGUGCUCUGAUUGGAUGCUCAAGAAACAUUCUGUUCUACCUCAUUGUACGUUCACCUGCCACUCAGACUCCUGUCUCCCAAUCAGAUGCAGGAUUUAAAGAGCCCCUCUAGUUUGUAACCCAUUCCCUGAAAAUAUUUGGGGGUUAUGAGAGGAGUCAUGACUGAACAGCUUGUCAUUUCAAUUGAGUUCAAUCACAUCAUGCACAAAAAACAGCUGCAAUCAGAAACAUGACUGUCUUCAGGUUUUUUUCUGUCAUUUAUCAAACAACACUGGGAUUGACCUGAUUACUUCAACUCCCUGAGAAAUGUCCUCCUCCCCCUUCUUCUUUUUUUACGAAAUGAUUUCUGAAGUGCAAUUUUUUUCAAUCCUCAUGUGCAUGGAGCUGGAUCAUCUCUGCUGUUAAAUGCCUGCGUCUGCGCACAGUGCUAGCUCUAGCCUUGUGUAGUGCUUCCUUGCCCAGGCUGAGUGAUUUUGAACAUGGCGCGCUUGUCUGCAUGUUAUUGCCCCCCUGCAAAGCACCACUGUUUCAAACGCAUGAAACAGCCAACAAGCCAAACCCAGAGUCCCAUCCUUGACUUUGCCAGAUGUGCCAAAACACAUCCUCCUCUUAAGGAACUUUUAUUUUUCUUGGGUGUCUUAAGUUAAAAUGCCUUUUUUCUGUUUAAGGGUCUUAUUUAAAAAAGGAGAGGGACAUAUAAAAGGGAUGCUUGGACGUGUGGCUCAAUGUGCCCUUAGAUGCAGCUUCCACCUUUUUUUUGUUUUAUUUGUUUUGUUUGCCAUGACCUCUUUUUACUGUGACACAGUGUAGUUUCACAAUCAGUUCUUAGCUGUUGACGUGUAAAAGCAGUAUAUUCUGUGUCUGUGUACUUACUGUGGAUGUCAGUCGUCGUAUUGCAUCUUCCAUGUCUUGCUCACGUGCUUGUUUAAAUUGAGAAUGAAUGAUAAAUAUAUAUAAAAGUCAGUUCGGUCUGCAGUGAUAAAUCCCACACAAUCAUGCUUCCCUCACCGUGCUGGAAACCCUCAUAGCUGCUGCUCCCUGUCCCCCCCUGUGAGCCCCCAAUGUGCGCUUCAGCCUUAAACAUUUCAGGCCGCAGAGCCUCAAUUGUCGGUUCCUUGGUUUCUUGUCCUCCUCACCUUCCUCCUUUCAACCCUCUGCUGGACUGAACUGUGGAGGAAGAGGAGGAAAGGAGUGCAGCUACAGUUCACACUUGCACCCGGCCUGUCUGCUGUCAUCCCUGUGCUGUGUGGCUCCCACGUGGAGCUGUGAUCCCAUUUUGCUGUAUUUAUGCUGUGAGCUGAGUGGCACCUUUUUUGCUGUUUUAAAAAUCUGGUGUCGUGUUCAUGUCAUUAAUAUGAGUGCCCCUGACUAAGGUUACCAGCAGCCAUGUUGGUGAGGUAUGUCAUCUUAGAGUCAAGCAUAGACAGAUAUCCCUCAGUGUCUGGUGUUAUUUGCAUGUGAUCAGGGCGGGAAAUGAACGCCAGCUUUGAUUGUACUAAAACUCAACUGUCAUUCUGUUUUGUUCAGAAAUCAACUUGUAGAGAUUCUCUUUCUUAAAAUAAAAAGGUCAAAGUCAAGCAGUAAAAAAAUUACGCUUGGUUGUCCGCUGUUGCUGGAGGACAAAGUUCAUUUCCCGCCCUGCAUGUGAUAACUGUGGGCUUUUUUUCUUGCAGUAUAAUGCACUUUAAUCCAUCCACCUCUCUCCUCAAGAUAGUUAAAGAAAUGAUAUAUAUAGAUGUGCAAAUGUGUAUACACUCAAUGCAGGGUUUUAGUCUCUUUAAAGUAGUACUUCUAUGUGAUGUCACAUCCAACACAAUGCUAUUUUUGUUUAAGUCUAAGGGUACAGCUAUUUAUUUUUCUUUUUAAAACCAAAAAAAUAUUUACGCGGUCUGGAAGGGUCUCAGGAGUUUAUAAAAAAAAAAAAGCCACUUUUUAAAAAAAAAUGGCAGCACCAAAUUUUCAGUUCUUGAAGUCAGAAUUGAUUCUAUGCAACAUUUCCACCCCCCCCCUUUGUUUGUUUUUGGUGUACUGGCUUUCAUUGGUUUCUGCUGGGCGGGGUGGGGCAGAUUCAUUUGAGCUCAUCUUCAAGGUGCAAGUCCCAAACAGUGUCCCUAUUCAGUGAUUCUGUCUCUGCACCCUUUGUGGUGCUACAGAACGAUGGACCUCUCUCAUGUAGGUAAACUAAGAAGACCAUCCAUUCGUCCCCUGACUGCCCUCACAGAGAGAAAGCCACACCCGGACUUUUGGUGCAUGUUUGAGCCCUUCUGUCAGUUUGCUGCUCGGUGGCUCAAAGACAUCGGUCGGUUUAUGAAAUCUAAAUAGAUUAUCAACCAUGAGUCGAAACUAAAUGCUUCGCUGGAAGCUGCUGGACCAUGUGAUAACACUGUACUAUUGAUGUUGUAUAAAUGGAGAGAAAGACUUAUUUUAAAUUGUGUAAAUAAACAAUGUACAAAGGUGAAAGCAAGAUAAAUAUAAGAAACUGUCUGAGAUGUAGAGAAAUUAAUCUGUAUAUUGUUGAAUAAAUAUUGUGCUGUAAACCAUGGGAGUGUUGGUCUGUUCUCUGUGUUACAGUUUUGACCUUUGGGCCUUAGGAGACAAUACUGAUGGACAACUUUCUGACAGUUGACAGACCUAAAAAUGAAUCAUUUCAAGCAGUGAUAAUGCUUUAAAGAUAGAAUUCAGCAAAUUAAGUUUUGAUUGGAAAUAUUUCUAUACAGCAGAUUCUGUUGAAGUUUUCUUCUUGACCUCCCAGUGACUUCUUAUUAUGUGUAACAGUCAAAAUUACAUCUUACUCCAGUUGGGUUUAAGUGAAAAUUCACCUGACUGGCCACAGGAAGGUAAUGCUGAGGUCACUGGUGAUGUGCUGACACCUGGUGGUGUUUAUCCAGAACAACAAUCAACAUCCAGCUGUCCAACUUCAAACUUCACAUAUCAAAAUAAAAAGUGACUGGUGGUUCAUUUAAUCUCUCCAGGGGGAUUCACUGCCUUUUCCAUUUCAAACCGAUCUGUAGGUACACUUCCUUGGUCUAAAAUCAGCUCUAGCAACUGUAACAAAUAUUGUUUUCUUCCAGAGUAACACUUAUAUUUCUGAGAUGCCUGCAGUUGAAUCAGAUAAUUAGUUUUUGGUCACUCGUAAACUCAGCUACCUUAAGUUUGGCCUUUGUCGCACUUUACCAAUAAAAAAGUACAGUCGGUUGCUGUGCACCUCUGACCUUCACCGCACCUGACAGGCUCCUUUGAUGGGUUAAGUGAAGUGCAGCAAAGUGAAUUUUAAUGAGUUACAGACAAAUAAAAUCUGUUAACUCAAGGUCUGCAGGAUUGUUCUGCUCGAACAUAAACACCCAGUAUAGGUGGAACUAGUUACACAAGAAAGAUGUUUCCCUGUGGAGGGAAUUAUCAGAUACAACAAGCCUUACGUUUUAAACUUUACCAAUCAAUCUAUGAAGUGGUUGAGCCUCUUAUCUUUGUUUUUACACAUUUUAUGGAUAAGAACAGGAAAAACAACUUGUCAAUUACCGUGAUACUGAUGAUAGUCAAGUGCUAGAUCUACUGGUUUGUGGUUCAGCUUAUUUCUGCUGAUGAACAUUGUCCUGAGACUUAUUUCAUUUAGGGUUUUCUGUUUAAAUUAAAAUGUAAUAUUAAAUGUAGAAACAGCUGUUACAGGCUGACAAAACAGGCUGAAAAGUGACUUAGAAAACCUGCCAUGAGAAUAUGUUUUAAUUCCAGAAACUAGUUUAGAGUUACAGAUGCUCUGAGAGGCUGUACAGUCAAUACCCAGUCAAUGUUUAUGUUGUUGCUGCAUUUCCUUAUAAGGCCACAAAAUGGCGUCCUCCUUAAGUUUUAACUAAAGCAGGCCUUUUCAACGAGCCGGACGAAAACCACGUUUUCUACGUUUUCCUUGGCUUUGAGCUGCUUCGUCAUGACGGUAUGACAACAAGAACAUUAUUCAAUGUUUUGUAAGUAUGUUUUAAACAUGCAUGUAUUCAUAAACAUCUUUUUGUGGGUGUUAUACUCAGUUAUUUUAGCUGCUACCAAAGAAUAACUUUUACAUAGGAGCUAUUUUCAGUGUUGAAGUCUUGGCUGUAUUUACUCACAGACAGACAGACAGGAUACAGAACACAAAACCCCAAAGAUACACAAAAUGUCUACUGCUGUAAAUAGACUGAUUGUUGUUAAAUGUUCAUAUUAGUGUCUUCCUUUUCCUUCUCUGGUUUAAAUGAUAAAGUCAGUAAACACACACACACACACACACACACACACACACACACACACACA